AGUCGGAAUGCAGAUCGACGCGGGCGCUCCUCCAAUGAAAGCGAGCGUUGGCCUUCCAUCAUUGGCCGAGGCGGGGAGGAGGCGGGGACAGACGGUCCCCUUCUGCCCAGGGUUGCAGGAGGAAUGCAAGGGAAGGGCAGGGAACGGGUUAGGCUGCGCCGGCUGAAAAGCGCCGCCUGCCUGCAGAAGGGGCGUCAGUCAGCGCUGCCGGUCGAGGAGUUGGGAAGGCGCUGCGGGAGAGGCUGGGCGUCCGCGGAGACUUCUUCAAGGGAGCUGGGUGGGGUGGAGAAAAAGAAGAAGAUAAACCUAUAUAUAUUUUCAGCCACCUUUUCCCCAGUUUUGUUCCAAACCUGGGGGGAACUGCCCGCUUUUCACUCGCAGAAGUUACAUAAAUCUAUUGCUUCUCCUCUGCACCGUCGUGGGAACCGGAGCAACCAUGCCCGUCUUCCACACCCGCACGAUCGAGAGUAUCCUGGAGCCGGUGGCGCAGCAGAUCUCCCACCUGGUCAUCAUGCACGAAGAGGGCGAGGUGGACGGCAAGGCCAUCCCGGAUCUCACCGCUCCCGUGGCCGCCGUGCAAUCCGCCGUGAGCAACCUGGUCCGGGUGAGUUGAGAGAGAGAGAGCCAGCUUGCUUGCUUGCUUGCCUGCCUGGGAGGCUCGGGAUUCUUAAUUUCAUUGCGGAAGAAACGCGGCUCUCUUAAAAUAAACAAAUGAAAAAACACACCCAAGCCUCGUGGUCUCCCAAAGCUCCCUAAUGCAAAAACUGCAUUAGGGAGCUUGGCUGUCUGUUUGAUGGCGGAGUGUUUGUCUCUCUGUGUGUGUCCCAGCAAACUUCAAUCGGGCCCCACCUUAAGUCCCCCCCUCCCCCGCAAAAAAAAGAAAGUGUUUAGGGAAUGCAAGAAAAAGUUCUGGCAGCAACAAAGUUGUCACUGCAGGAGGAGUCUUGAUUAAUCCCCUUGGUGUGUUCCUGGUCUUGCCUCACUGGCUGGGAAAUGGCCGAGCUGUCCCAUGUUGACUUUCCAGGUUAAAAGGUCUUCUCUUUCCUCCACCCAGCAAAAAAGGAAGGAGGGAGGAAAAAUUCCUUCCAAGGCUUCCUGACAAGUUUCCCCUUCUGCCUUCCUCCUCCUUAUCAAACUCCCGUUUAGUUGCUUGACACACCCAAACUUGCUUUGCCCCUCUUUCAAACAACAAAAAAGUUUGUUUGUUUUUUUAAAAGUUAAUUUUAGUUGAGUUUAAAGUCGAACAGGGAUCGUAGGACAGCAGGCCGGGUGAUUCAGAAUAUGAUUCACAAAGCUUACGGAAUCAAAAGAAUACGGAAUAAUAACCGUAUUUUUGAUAGCAGAAGAAGCCAGGGAUAUAAAUACCUCAACAGGACCUUAACGGGGUGCCUUAAUCAUAACUCUCAGAAUAUAACCUAAAACUAUCCCUGGAGAACCGUAAAGGCGCCACCUCAAAGAGUGCUAGCCAAUUAAAGCAGCCAAAUCCAUUUGAAAGCUGGAGGAGGUGAUUGUUCGUGUUCUCGGUUAGUGAUAUAUACUAUUAAAUCAUAACCAAGUAGAAAUAAAUUUGUCCUCCUUGUGUUGGCCUCUCAAGACCAGUAACUUAUGAGUUAAUUUUUCCUCAAAGAGCUGUUUCCCAUACCUUGGCAGACCAGAAUAGUUUCAUUUAUAGAUCUCCAUGUUUUAUGAAACACUUAAAAGUAAGCCCAACAGGUGUCAUUCAAAGUUAUUUCUGUGAAUUCCUUGCUGAAGGUAGAUAGGAUCUGAAUAAGUCCAAGUCCUGGGUGUUUCUCUUCUUCUCAAACUCUGCAUUUCCCCCCUCUUCUGCAAAGAGAGAAUGCUACACAUGCCAUCUUGCAUUCUCCUCCUGGCUCUCUUACUUCCUCCUCUUAGGAAUGUCGGAAGCUACUGUUAUGCUGAGUUGUAUCCUUAACCUACAUAGCUUAGUAUUCCCUUACACUGAAUCCAGGGUUUAAGACUGUGACCUCUCCCGGCCCUACUUGGAGAUGUUGGGUGGGGUGGGGUGGGCAGUCAAACCUUCUGCACAUGGGCAGAUGCUCUGCCGCUGAACUAUGACCCUUUCCACUGUGUGCCCCCACUCCAGCUUCCUGGCAAGGCUUGCUUUUCAUAGGAUCAUAGAAUUGUAGAGUUGGAAGGGACGCCAGGGGUCAUCUAGCCAAACCCCGUGCAAAGCAGGAAUCUUUUGCCCCCACGUGGGACUUGAAUCCACAACCCUGACAUUUAGAGCCUCGUGCUUUACCAACUGUGCUGUGUCGUGGACGGCACCAUUUUCUGAUGCCACCUCAGAAUGGUGAUGCCCCGGUUCCCUGACCCACCUCUUUCCUGCACGGUCUUCGCCGGCUAUGACAGUGGCAAUGUAUUAUUGGGAUAAUGUUUUAUUGUGUUUCUGUGAAGGAGGGUUUUUAAAAAAGUAAAAUAAAAUAACAGAGGGGCGGCAUCACUCUCUCACUGUUCCCACCCCCUUUGCCCCUUAGCAUUGUUACUUGAUGGGGGCAGUCGGGUGGCGCUGUGGUCUAAACCACUGAGCCUCUUGGGCUUGCCGAUCAGAAGGUUAGCGGUUCGAAUCCCCGUGACAGGGUGAGCUCCUGUUGCUCUGUCCCAGCUCCUGCCAACCUAGCAGUUCGAAAGCACACCAGUGCAAGUAGAUAAAUGGGUAGCACUGUGGCAGGAAGGUAAACGGCAUUUCCGUGCGCUCUGGCACCUGUCAUGGUGUCCCGUUGCGCCAGAAGCGCUUUAGUCAUGCUGCCCACAUGACCCGGAAAUCUGUCUGUGGACAAACGCCUGAAAGCUAGAUGAGUGCCGCAACCCCAUAGCCGCCUUUGACUGGACUUAACCUUCCAGGGGUCCUUUACCUUUUUACCUGUUAUUUGAUACCAGGCCAGACUUCUAAAACUGUUGCAAAUGCUGGGAUGGGGGUCAUUUUCUUUGAGAGCAUGCUCUGCGGUGCUGAGGAAUCUGGAAACAAGGGACCUACUGAACAGCUGCCCCUCCUCCCAUUUCUUCCCCUGCCCUGUAUGUCCCUGCAUUGCCCUCAACUUUCCAUCCCCUCUAAAUCAUUGUCCUGUUCCCAAAGGAAGCUCUUGCAAGGCUCUACACUUCUUCUAGUGUUGUAGUACCUCAUAUUUACUUCUGCUCCUGCAGUAACAGUGUUGCUCCCUUCAAAUCUGCCUUGACCAGCCCUUCAGCCUGACUGUUCUACCCCUUCCCCCUUCCUUAGGCCUUAGAUCAUGGGUAGGCAAACAAAGGCCCGGGGGCCGGAUCUGGCCCAAUCGCCUUCUAAAUCCGGUCCACGGACAGUCUGGGAAUCAGCGUGUUUUUACAUGAGUAGAAAUUGUCCUUUUAUUUAAAAUAUAUCUCUGGGUUAUUUGUGGGGCAUGCCUGGUGUUUUUACAUGAGUAGAAUGUGUCCUUUUAUUUAAAAUGCAUCUCUGGGUUAUUUGUGGGGCAUAGGGAUUUGUUCAUUUUUUCUUCAAAAUAUAGUCUGGCCCCCCACAAGGUCUGAGGGACAGUGGACCGGCCCCCUGCUGAAAAGGUUUGCUGACCCCUGCCUUAGAUACUCUGUAUCACCACUUUUUGAUAAAGUUCCUAUCCUUUCAGGUCCAAACAGUGCCUUUCACCUUACUGCAUCCUUAAAAAGAUUUAGGAAACUCAGUGGCCAGAGAUAAUACCCAACCAAUUAAUUUUCCGCAGCCAGUUAGCAGUGGCAGCAAACGGAAGAUUCCAGUUUACAAACUCUUUUCCUGUGUUAGAUCAGUUUCACUGUGUGCGGCUGGGUGUAGGCUUCCCCGUUUGCAUUCCUGCCCUUUCAUUGACAAGUCCUUCCCUGUCCUUAUUACACCUUUCCCUUGCGAGUGAGAAUAAGCAAUGCUGUUAUGGAUCCACGACAUUCGUUCUACGAUGCUUACUUGAGCUACUGUUCCUUUGAAGCUUCAGUCUCUGCGACUUCUGGUCUUGGCACGCAUUCCCCACUUGCCUUACCAGCUUUUCCCACAGUCCCCUUCCAGGCAGAUAGAAGCAAAUUGCAAGUGGAACAGCUGCAGAAAACAUCCCCGAAUCCCAAAAUAUUGUAUUGGACAGUCGCCAACCACCAGGGUUGGUAGGUUGGGAGGCAUGUGUGUUCUCCAGUUCUCCCAUUUUCUUCAGGUAGACUGUGUUGGCAUAUGAAAAUGACUGUGGCAUAUGAAAAUAGACUGUGUACACAUAUGAAAAUGAUUUUUUAAAAAAGUGUUUAAAAAAAUACAUUGAAUUUGCCAUAAGGCUCACCACUGCCAUCUAGUGUCACAUUGUGUAUUGCACUUAAAGUACACUUAAAACGUUUUAUUUGCAACUUUAUAGCUGAGUCCCGGGUAUGUAUUGUUCUUUCUCCACUUUUUCUCCAUGGAGUUCAUUCAGGAUUCUCCCCCUGCCCCUUCUAUUGUUGCCCAUUCAGAACUCUUGUUGCCCAUUCAUAUACUGCCCCUGCUUACUUCAUCAUGCUACAUAUUUGACACACAUUCUCUCUGCGCAUUCUUUUGCAAGGGGGAGGGAUCUCUCACAUUUGAAAAGCCCAACGGUGCUUGGUGCAUAUUUUCAGUUCAAGCCCACGCCAUCUGUGUCUUUUGCAGAGUUGUAAAUCCUUUUGUAUCGAUUGGUACGUGCGGUUAAUUAGACGGAUAGUUCAACAGCCCCAGAUGCAACAGUUGCUUACAACCUCACGGCACCGGAAUCUAUUGGCCACCAACUUGGACAGCUUUAAAAGAGGAUCAGACAAAUUCCUGGAGGAGAGGGCUAUCGGUGGCUACUAGCCUAUGCUCUGCCUCCACAGUUGGGAAGGCAGCAGUGUUCAAAAAUAUGGGAAAUCUUGGGAGGGGCGAGGGCUCUUCUGCAGAUCACAUUCACCCAGUGCUUUACCAACUGCACUGGCUCCCAGUGGAGUACAGUGUCAGGUCUUAGGUGCUGGUUUUGACCUUUAAAGCCCUGUGUGGCCUAGGACCCACGUACCUACGGGACCGCCUCUCCUGGUAUGCCCCGUGGGGGACCUUAAGGUCCACAAAUGACAACACUUUGGAGGUCCCAAGUCACAAGGUGGUUAGAUUGGUCUCAACUAGGGCCAGGGCCUUUUCAGCACUGGCCCCGACUUGGUGGAACGCUCUGUCACAAGAGACUAGGGCCCUGCGGGACUUGACAUCUUUCCGCAGGGCCUGCAAGACAGAGCUGUUCCACCUGGCCUUUGGUUUGGACUCAGUCUGACCCUUAUGUUUCCCUCCCCUUAUGGUUUUGAUUUACGGGCUACUAUUAAAAUGAGGCUGCAUUUUAAAUUGUAUUUUAAUAAACUGGUUUUUGUUUGUUUGUUUCUCUCCCCCCCCCCCAAAUUAUGUUUUAUUGUAAUUUUAUUGGUGUUAGCCGCCCUGAGCCUUGCUCUGGCUGGGGAGGGCGGGGUAUAAAUAAAAUUUAUUAUUAGUAUUAUUAAAUGUUCUGCUCCCUGGUUUCCCGUAGGCAUCUGGUCGGCCACUGUGAGACCAAGAUGCUGGAUUGGAUUUGGCCUGAUCCAGCAAACUCUUCUUAUGUUCUUAUUUCAUCUUGUCGGUAUCUAAAUGCCAGUAAUAUGGCACAGUUUGUGGAUUCCGAUUCUGAAUAUUAUGCAUAUUUUCUAUGUUUCUGUAAUAGCAGGCGGUGGGUGGAGCUUGUUCCCACAUUAUACUGCCAGUUGCUUUUCCUUAGCGGUGAAGUGGUUAGAACUGAUUUUCUUACAUGCGCUUUUCUCUUGCAUGUGGUUGGUUUGUUGCAUCUGUCGGUGCAGGGGAAACAAACCACCAACUUUCUUUGACUUGCAAGGUUUAUAGCUUGUAUGAGGCUGGAUUGCAAUGUUGUUGGCAUGUUGGCGGCAUUUAUUUCUGAACGGAUGCUGAGGUUAUGUUUUACCACGAUGUGUUCCGCCACUGUAUCGUAGCUCAGUAUUGUUGAUGUUCAGAAACCAGUGCUAAUCUCUUGAGGGAGCCAUACUGAACCAAUUUCUUUCGGAAGCCAACUUUUAAAAUUGCAAGUGGGGGAUAAACAGGUUGGAUCACUUUUCAUGAAUUCAAGUCCGGGAAGAAGAGCUCUUGUCACUUUUUAACCCUUUCGUUUUCUGCUUUUAAACAUGCAACUUUAAUGAGGUCUCUGUGCAUUGGAUAGCUGGGCUUGGGGCUGUUUGUUAACUGAAAUUAAUUCUGUGCUUCACUGCAAAAUUUUAGUAAGGGGUAGGAUAAUGCUUUAGCUCUUGUGUUGAAAACUUCUGCUUGUGUUACUCUUGUUGAAGUGUGCGUGUUUGAGUGUGGCAGGGUAGGAUUGGAUUGACUCUCUAAAAACACUUCAUUACUUUGAUGUGCAUCAGGAGCUGAUUUAGGAUAGUGCUAACAGAGCAAUCCUAAGUGUGUUUACUCACGUGUAAAUUGCACUGAGCUCAGUGGGCCUUACCUCCUUUCAUUUUAGGAUUUCACUAUAAAGAGCGUGAGUUGAGUGUAAGUUCGAAACUCACACCAGCUUAUGAUUUUGCUAAGGGCCAAAGCAAACCAAUAUAAGUGGUACCUUGGUUUGCAUACGUCUUGGUUUGCAUACGUUUUGGAUUACAAACACGUCAAACCUGGAAGUGUGUGUCCCGGUUUGCAACCUUUUUUUUGAUUACAACCCAUUUUGGGGGGGAUUACAAACAAAUUGUUUUGGGAGGCGCCAUUGGCAAAAGUGCGCCUUGGGUUACAACCUGUCUUGGUUUACAAACAGACCUUUGGAACGGAUUAUGGUUGUAAACCAAGGUACUACUGUAUUUGCAAACACUCUUGUUACAUGACAGUAUCCUAUUAUACAAGUACAGCCACCUUUAAACUAUUGCCCUCCAGCAGUUGUUGGACUUCCAUGAUCCCUGACCAUUGGCCACGCUGGCUUGGGCUGAUGGGAGUUGUAGUCCAACAACAUCCGUAUGGCACCAGGUUGGGAAAAGAUGUGCAAGGCUGUUUGAAGAAUUGCUUUGAGGGGUUUUUUGGGGGGAGGGGAGGAUAUAUUAGCGAUAUAUAAAAGUUGUUUAAUUGCAACAUUGAAUUUGGCACACACCCCCUUUUAAAGAAUAAAUAAAUCAUGUUUUAAUCUGAACUAAGGUCAAAGACAUAUGCACAUGUAUGUGCAAACUGAUGUAAAAUUAACUACUUUCUCUUUAUUUUCUUGAUGGUAGGUGUGUUUUCAGCAUUUACUCCAACGUUUGCUAAGUGUGGAGUUUCCCUCGUGGUAGUGCUUCAGGGCAUAAAGUAGCAUUUAUUAUUUAAGAUGACUGAAAUCCGAGAUGUGGAAUUUCAUUUGAAGGGGAAUGCAGUUGAGUUCGGAAAUUAAACCUAAGAGAAUGACAAUAAAAACUGGAACAUAUAACUUUUGCGACACGUCAAAUGUUGUUUAAAUUCAGUUUUGAACUUCUGAUAUGGGUGUUCUGCCAAAUGUAGUGCAUCUUGAUUUAAAAACGAAAAAUAAAGUUCCAAACUAUUGCUCUUUUCAUUUAGGUCUGAUUAUUUAGCACGAAGGGACGCUGGUGGCGCUGUGGUCUAAACCACUGAGCCUCUUGGGCUUGAGGAUCAGAAGGUCAGCAGUUCUAAUCCCUGUGAUGGGGUGAGCUCCCGUUGCUCAAUCCCAGCUCCUGCCAACCUAGCAGUUCCAAAGCACGUCAAAGUGCAAGUAGAUAAAUAGGUACCACUCUGGCGGGAAGGUAAACGGCAUUUCCGUGCGCUGCUCUGGUUUCGCCAGAAGUGACUUAGUCAUGCUGGCCACAUGACCCAGAAGCUGUCUGCAGACAAAGCCGGCUCCCUCGGCCUAUAGAGCGAGAUGAGCGUGGAACCCCAGAGUCGUCUGCGACUGGACCUAACGGUCAGGGGUACCUUUACCUUUAUUUAGCGCAAAGAUGGUGGCAGUCGUGAAUGGGUUUCAUUCUUUUCCCCCUUAGACGAUGUUGUUGGACUAUAACUCACUUUGACUUCAAUCUUAAUUUUAGAGGUCAGGAACCUGAAAUCCUGUAUGAAAUGAACACAGUAAUCUUGUAUGCAUUCUUGCGUCGUCUGGGAUAGUUGCACUUAUUAAAAGGUUUGGGGCACGUUGGCUAUGCUAGUCAGAUUUAGUGAGGAAAUACCAUACAGCCAUCAACUGUGUAAUCCUAUACACUACAAGUCCCAUUGCAUUUAAUGGAGCUUACUCCCUGUAAGUGGUCAGCGCUAGAUCUCUCUUUAAAAAUUGGUUGUACUCCGUUCAUAAAUUAUAAUUGGCAGGCUGGAUGAGAUUCAAAGCAGCGUUUGUUUGCACACAUGGACUCAUCUAUUUCCUUUUACCAGAAGUAAUUCUAUAUACCUUCUGAACCCCAGCAGUCCUGCAAGCUUGCCCCCCUCCUUGUGGAUGUUGUUGGAAGGAAGUACCGUAUUUUUUGCUCUGUAAGACUCACUUUUUCCCUCCUAAAAUGUAAGGGGAAAUGUGUGUGCGUCUUAUGGAGCGAAUGCAGGCUGCGCAGCUAUCGCUGAAGCCAGAACAACAAGAGGGAUUGCUGCUUUCGCUGCGCAGUGAUCCUCUUGCUGUUCUGGCUUCUGAGAUUCAAAAUAUUUUUCCCCUUGUUUUCCUCCUCCAAAAACUAGUAGGUGCGUCUUAUGGUCUGGUGCGUCUUAUAGAGCGAAAAAUACGGUAUUCUCCUCCCUCCUCUGUGUCCACAAGGAACUGCUUUCCAUUCAUGUAUGGGAGGGUCGGGUCGGGUGUGUAUUGCUCCCAGCAAUGAUAUAACUUGUCUGGACUCUGUAGAUUUGAUACUGCUCUUUAAGUCUUCUGGAAUUAGUGAUUGGCUGGCAGUGUUAACCUUAUUGAUUAUGUCACCGUUUUGAAGAGCUUGCAUUGGAAUUGACCUCUGCCUGUGUAUCCAGAAGUCAACAAAAGAACGUAUUGUUUUGGGGUGCGUCCAAUUUCUAAACCACUUCAGACAGCCUUACUUCAGAGACUCUUCUUAAGUAGUACGCUGUUCAGAGCAGUGGUCCUGUUCUUGAGGAGGCAAGAAAUUUCUUGAACAAGCAGCUGCUUUAAAGGAAAACAGAAGGUGGCUGAAUGUGGCUUCUAUCAGAGGGAGAAGGUUCUAGUAAAUUAGUGUUUCCCUCGGCAAGUCCUUGAUCAUAAACAAGUGGAAGAAAAUUUAAUUACUCACCCUAAUUGUCUCUUUGCGGCAGCUGGAAUAAUACAGCCUCUGGAGGGAGAGGGAGAAGUCUCUCUUCUUUAGCAGCCAAGAGGGAAGUUCUGCUCCCAGGACAAAGGCCUUCUGGAGCUGUAGCACUUGUUGCUCCACCACCAAUAACAUAGAUGUAGCUCUGUCGCCAAACUCCUCCAGAGGCAGUGAUCUCUUCCUCUGCUUCCCUCUUCUCCAGAGGACCAAAGCUGACAUGACACCAGUAUCCAUGCUUGUUGAAUCAUAUGUUUUCCAUGUUCUGGAUUAAAGCAGGGGGUGGCUUCCAAUUUUUACAUCAAUAUGGGCGGGGAGGCGAGGGGAGCUGAACUUUCCCCUUCCUUGCAUUCCUUCAUUCUGUUGUCACUGGUACUCCGCUCCCCAAUUUGGUACACUUCUUAUAUUGGAACUACACAGAGACAAAACAGGCUGGUGGGGGAGAGUUUAGAUCUCCUCGCCCGCACUGCUUCAUACAUAGAAUCACAGAAAGGAAGGGAUCCUGAGGGUCAUCUAGCCCAACCCCUUGUGAUGCAGGAAUCUCAGAUGCGGGGCUAAUAAAUGGAGCUACCCCUAUCAUAUCUAGUUUGGCUCUCAGAGACUUUGCCACCAUCCCGCUGCAAUAUUUUAAAUUUUAGACCGUUCUGUCAAGGGAAACUUAGGGCUUUGCUGGAUUUCAAGGCAGUACUGGGCUUCAGCCCAGUAUACCUGAAGGAGCGUCUUCACCCCCAUUGUUCAGCCCGGACACUGAGGUCCAGCUAUGAGGGCCUUCUGGUGGUUCCCUUCGUGUGAGAAGUGAGGUUACAGGGAACCAGGCAGAGGGCCUUCUCGGUAGUGGCACCCGCCCUGUGGAACGCCCUCCCAUCAGAUGUCAAGGAAAUAAACAGCUAUCUGACUUUUAGAAGACAUCUGAAGGCAACCCUAUUUAGGGAAGUUUUUAAUGUCUGGUGUUUUAUUGCUUUUUUAUUAUUAGUAUCAUUAAUUCUUUUGGGAGCUGCCCAGAGUAGCUGGGGAAACCCAGCCAGAUGGGUGGGCUAUAAAUAAAUUAUUAUUAUUAUUAUUAUUAUUAUUUUAUUAUUAUUUUAUAGUAUGAUGUUCCCAGUUGGGAGCACAUGAGCGCCAUACAGGCUCAUGCACUCUUGUCUACCUGCCUUAUAAUUGCUUUGAGAAAUAUUCUGCGCCAAAGCACCAACUCUUAAAAGAGAUGUGUGUACUCUUCAACUCAGAUCACUGUUUCACUGAGUCUAACACCUCUCUGAAAAAGUAGCUGUUAUCAGGAAGUAAUCUAAAAAUAAGCCCGAUAAUGUUGAGAAGGGUCUGGUCAUGAUCUUUCGGAUUUAUAAUUAUAGCUGUCCAAGGACUGUGUGAGUACAUGUUUCUAGUAGUUAUUAAAAGUAAGGCAGAUGAUUAAUGUUGCCAUACUGAUCUUACCUAUUUGCUCUGAUGUAAAGGGUCUGGGUGCUGUUAUAGAGUGGCCCUUGGCCAUGUUAAAGGAAUCAAAGCACGAUUUGGGGCUUCCUUCUCUACGAAGUUUGACUUCCUGAGGCCGACCUUAACUGUGGUUAGCAAACUUAACUGUGAUUAACAUUAACCCUGAUUCCAUAAUAAUAAUAAUAAUAAUAAUAAUAAUAAUAAUAAUUUAUUAUUUGUACCCCGCCCAUCUGGCUGGGUUUCCCCAGCCACUCUGGGUGGCUUCCACAAAGACCAAAAAUACACUAAAAUGUCACACAUUAAAAACUUCCCUGAACAGGGCUGCCUUAAGAUGUCUUCUGAAUGUCAGGUAGUUGUUUAUCGCUUUGACAUUUGAUGGGAGGGCGUUCCACAGGGUGGGCGCCACUACCAAGAAGGCCCUCUGCCUGGUUCCCUGUAGCUUUGCUUUUCACAAUGAGGGAACCGCCAGAAGGCCCUCGGCGCUGGACCUCAGCAUUCAGGCAGAACGAUGGGGGUGGAGACGCUCCUUCAGGUAUACUUAACCAGGGCUUGCUAACUAGUUCUUAAGGCCUUGUUAACAAAGAACUGUCAUUAGUGUUAAUCGUAGCUAACUAUUGGUUCCAGUCAGUGUUAGAAACUAGCCAGGCGCCAGGUGCGUUUUGCGAGUGGUGCGGGUCCAGUUGCGACCAUGUGGAGAUCUCUGGAUGCCAGCUUAGUCAACCUGACGGCUCCAUCCGGCUGGUCCCUCCAGCUUUCUUAAGCAGGUUAUUUAUUGCAUUUAUAUAUGGUUCACCCUACCCCUACAGCAACCCUGUGAGGUAGGUUACGAGGCAGUGACUGACCCAAGGUCACCCAGUGAGCUUCAUGACUGAGUGAGGACUUGAACCCUGAUCUCCCAGGUCCUAGUCUGACAUUCUAACCCAUGGGUAGGCAAACUAAGGCCCAGGGGCUGGAUCCGGCCCAAUCGCCUUCUAAAUCUGGCCCACAGACGGUCCGGGAAUCAGCGUGUUUUACAUGAGUAGAAUGUGUCCUUUUAUUUAAAAUGCAUCUCUGUGGGGCAUAGGAAUUCGUUCGUAUACAUUUUUUCAAAAUCUAGUCUGGCCCCCCACAAAGUCUGAGGGACAGUGCACUGGCCCCCUGCUGAAAAGGUUUGCUGACCCCUGCUCUAACCCAUGGGUAGGCAAACUAAGGCCCGGGGCCCGGAUCCAGACCAAUCGCCUUCUAAAUCUGGCCUGCCGACAGUCCAGGAAUCAGCGUGUUUUUACAUGAGUAGAAUGUGUGCUUUUAUUUAAAAUGCAUCUCUGGGUUAUUUGUGGGGCAAAGGAGUUGGUUCACCCCCCCCAAAAAAUAUAUAUAGUCCAGCCCCCCACAAGGUCUGAGGGACAGUGGACCAGCCUCCUGCUGAAAAGGUUUGUUGACCCCUGCUAACCACUACACCACCCUGGCUUCCUAGCGUACUUCUGCUAUGGGGCAGCUGUAUAAAUUAUGUAGGUAAAUAAAUAUGGAGAAGGCAAAAUGUCACUUAGAGAAAGAUCUGAAGUAUUUUCCUUGAAGCUUGAAUUCGCUUUAUUCUGGAUUGUUUUAUUUGAUGUUUCAAUGUGAUAUAAACCGCUUUGGGGUGUUCUCUUUAAAAUAUAAAGUGGUAUAAGCAAUCCCUGGAAUUGGUUCACCACCUUGCCUAGAAGGGAAUUUUGGGGGCUGGCUUGCAAUCUUCCAGCACCAUGCAAUUUAGAGAGGGCUCUUUCACUGAAGAUCUUAACAAUGGCUUCCUUCAGACUCCUUGGUACAAUGUAUUACGUCGAGGAAACAUUUUGCGCUUUUUCAGCCCUCUUGGCCAAGUCUCUUCCGGCUGCUUUGAGCAAGUCAGUGAGGUCAAAUGUCAAAUGCCCAGCUGGGUGACCUCAGCCAUCCAUGGGGUCUGUCCACACCCUUGGGCCGUAGGAAUUUUACGCAGUCUAUUUCUGGUUAUCAGUCCUAGUUUGAGGCUAAAUCUUGUUGAGAGUUAAUGAAACAAUUAAGGAAAUUGUAAUUGCUCUGCAUCUGUUGAGUCGUAAAGGAUUUGUUCUACGCCAGAGGUCAGCAACCUUUUUCAGCCGUGGGCCGGUCCAUCGUCGCUCAGAGCGUGUGGUGGGCCGGACUAUAUUUUUUGGGGGGAAAUGAACGAAUUCCUAUGCCCCCAAAAUAACUCAGAGAUGCAUUUUAAAUAAAAUCACACAUUCUAUUCAUGUAAAAACACCAGGCAGGCCCCCAAAAUAACCCAGAGAUACAUUUUAAAUAAAAGGACAUGUUCUACUCAUGUAAAAACACGCUGACCAUCUGCGGGCCAGAUUGAGAAGGUGAUUGGGCCACAUCUGGCCCACGGGCCUUAGGUUGCCUACCCCUGCUCUACGUGGAACUGGGCUUUGUGGAACCAGAAGCCAAUGCUAUACUGCAAGCUUACUCCAAACUCUUUGCUAUGCGAGUUCAGCUGAACAAUUCAGUAAUGCUUCGGUCUUUAAACUCCUUUUGUUUCUCUGUAAGGCUGUCAUCAACACUCCUUCUGGCUUACUAUUUUUGUAAUUGUGAAUCUUGACCGUGGUUCCUGCUGUGGGAAAAUAACCUUUGCAUCCAUGCUAGGACAUUCUUAACAUGGCUGAAAGCAAAGUUUAUGCAAGUCUGUCUGGUUGUUGUUAUAUUCCGGAAAUGCCUGGCAAAUGAGCUGAUUGGUUGAUAGACUCAAAAAAAUGUCUCAAUUAUGGGUUCAUGUGUUUUGAAUUUGUGAAGUAAAGUCAUUAAUGGGGGUCUACACUUGCAGCUAAACUUCUUGUAGCUAGAAUAGUGGAGAACUCCUUAAUACAGACCUUUUUUUGAAGCAUGGUUGUCAUGGGAGGGAAAUACUGUUAAAAAAAUAAAAAAUUAAAUUAAUGGAGAUCAUGAGGCAAAGGAUGAGGCAUUUGAUUAUUCCACAAACUUCACUCAAAUGUUCUAGGAGAAUAGUUUCUGUGAAUUGGUAACUAAAUGCAAUGGACUGCAUUUAUGUCAAAAGGUACGAUCUGUUGCUUUUGCCCCAAUAAGUAUUGUUACUGGUAGUUAACUGUACCCAAGAUUAUUUGCUGCAGAAAGAAAACAAUAUGUAAAAAUCAUUAUUUCUGUGAGGAAAUAUUGUGGCAUUCAUUCUGGGCCAGCUGGGAUUCUUGCUUAGUCUUGCACCCUAAUACUUGUGGGGUAUUGCGCAAAAGCCCCCUAAGCAGCACUUGUGGUUUUAAAACCAGAGGAAAGGAACGCAUUAGCCACAGAAUGUGGCUUCUCUUCCACCUUAAAACAGUCAGUUAAAAUACCUGUGGGUUACCUUACCUGCAGAGUGCACUUAAACAUGUGCUUUUCCCCAUUCAUAGUGGCUUCAUUAUAGGAUGUAAUUGCAUUUGCUGAUUUUGCAAAAGCCCGUCAUGGGAAGGCUGCACACUGGAGGGUAGGAAGAUUUAUUUGUGGCAUUAGUGGUUAAUAGCGUGUUCUUCUUCAGAGACAAUUAAUCUCUGCAAGUAUCUGUAUAGUUGAGUUAGCAGUUUCCCCCCCCACAGCUAGGCUACUUCUGUGAGGAAGUUCCUUCAUUCACAGAGCUCAUGUUGGCUUGCUGCAAAAUCUAGGCGUUUGCAUCACUAGCUGUGACACAUGUAUUAGUGUUGCAUAGAACUUUGUGGGCCAAUCCUUGUUUGUGAUGGAGAUUGUCGAGUGUUGUAAGCCUCCUGUGGGAUUCACAAAUUCUGGCUGGCCUUGGUAGCCGGCGAUUUUCUGCUAGGCAGUGGUGAAAUCCAGUUCCGCCAUGAUUCUCUGACAAAGGCAAGGCUGCAGUUAUUAUCGAGUUAUGCAUGUGCUUUGAUUUGUAGAACAACAACUAAAGGUUUAUUAAGUCAUCUGUUGUGUGUGUCCCCUGCCCACAAUUUUCAGGUGUGGCAUUUGAGAACUGCUGCUUCUGUCAGCUUCCUCCAUCUCCUGUUUUUAUAAAUUUGUCCUGAUGAUCCAAACAAUGAUACACAUUAAGGUAUUCCUGAGCUCACCUCCUUUGCUCCUGCCAGAGAGGAGGGAAGUAAAAUUGGCCCAGAGCUGGGAAAGGUAGAUGCUUCACCAUCUAUGGCGAGUGAGUGCAUUUGUUGAUUCCUGACAGUUUAUUUUAAAAAGAUGCUACUUUUUUCCAGAUCUUAACUUUAGGGCGCAAAGUGCGCAGAGCUAAUUUAGAUGUUGUGAAAAUAUUCAUCUUGAACUUGCUCAUUUUCAACUUCCAGAGUCUGGGAGGAAGGUGUCCUUUCUUGGAAAAUGUGCAGAAACUAGCAGUUCUUCAGAGAUAAGCUGUAGAUAACAAGUUGCAGAUUACAUUGUGGCAGCUGUUUGCCACCAACCUGCAAACGUUUCCCGUUCCUUAAGCUACAAAUGCUAAAAUGAAUAUAGAGAUAGUUUGUUUCAGUGUUGUGACUUCAAGAAUAACAAGAAUGAAACUUAUUUAGGCAUAAUAUCCGACCAAGCUGAAAACAUUGCUCUGAGAAAUGAGCCUUCAAGACCUUCCAAAAACCUUGCAAUGUAGUCACUCAUCAGAGGUGUACGGGAAGUGUGCUUCAAAGCUGUGAGGCCACCAUGCCAAAGUUCCUGUCCCUCCUGAACAGCAACAUUACAUCUCUGUGACACAGUGGGUCAGUGUGUUUUGCUGUUAACCAGAAGGUUGGUAGUUCGGGCCUGCCCAGGGACAACUGUGGGCAUGAUUCCUACAUUGCAGGGGUUGGACUUGAUGACCCUUGAGGUCCCUUCCAACUCUACAAUUCAACAACAACAACAACAACAACAAUUUAUUAUUUAUACCCUGCCCAUCUGGCUGGGUUUCCCCAGGCACUUUGGGCGGCUCCCAACAAAAUAUUAAAAAUACAAUAAAACAGCAGACAUUAAAAACUUCCCUAAACAGGGAUGCCUUCAGAUGUCUUCUAUAAGUCAGAUAGUUGUUUGUUUCCUUGAUAUCUGGUGGCAGGGCGUUCCACAGGGCGGGCACCACUACCAACAAGGCCCUCUGCCUGGUUCUCUGUAACCUCCCUUCUCACAAGGAGGGAACCACCAGAAGGCCCUCAGAGCUGGACCUCAGUGUCCAGGCAGAACAAUAUGGGUGGAGACUCUCCUUCAGGUAUAGUGGGCCGAGGUCGUUUAGGGCUUUAAAGGUCAGCAGCACCGACACUUUGAAUUGCGCUUGGAAACAUACCUGGAGCCAAUGUAGGUCUUUCAGGACCGGUGUUAUGUUGUCUUGGCAUCCACUCCCAGUUACCAAUCUAGCUGCCGCAUUCUGGAUUAAUUGUAGUUUCCGGGUCACCUUCAAAGGUAGUCCCGCAUAGAGCACAUUUAGCACAUUUCAAUAGUCUCUGAAGAGGGAGAUAACCAGAGCGUGCACCACUCUGGCGAGACAGUCCAUGGGCUGGUAGGGUCUCAGCCUGCGUAGCAGAUGGAGCUGAUAGACAGCUGCCCUGGACACAGAAUUGACCUGCGCCUCCCUAGGAAGUGGGCAUACUUAGGAGGGUCUCCGAGGCAGAUCUCAAUGUGGGGGCCUGGUGGGACCAGGUGCAGGCAAUCCAGCAAAUCUUACUGACUUCCUAUUCCAGAAAUUGACUUUCUGUUUCAGAAAAAAAAUGCUUUCUGGGAUAAGUGAGCUGCAGCUGCUGGCAAUCCUGCUGGUCUGCUGCGCUUUAAAAGUUGCAUACCAGGUACCGUAUUUUUCGCUCCAUAGGGCGCACCGGACCAUAGUUUUUAGGGGGGGAAAUAAAGAAAAAAAAAUUAUUCCCCCCCCCAGCCCCAAAGAGCAAAGAAGCCAAGACAGCGAGCGCAAUCCCCUGACCCCAGCCCCCAAAACAGGUCCAGGAGCGGCGGCAAGAUUGCGCGCAACCUUGCCGCCGCUCCCGGAGUUUGCGGGGCUGGGGACGGGGGAAGCCCGAGCUUCCCCCAGCCCCAGAACAGGCUGCUAUCCGCAAGCCUUUGGAGCCCGACGGGAACUCCCGCCGCGCUCAGAAGGCUUGCGGAUAGCUGCCUGAAGCCUGGAGAGCGAGAGGGGUCGGUGCUCACCAACCCCUCUCACUCUCCAGGCUUCAGCGAAAGCCUGCAUUUGCUCCAUAGGACGCACACACAUUUCUCCUUCAUUUUUGGAGGGGAAAAAGUGCGUCCUAUAGAGCGAAAAAUAUGGUAACGUCAGAAAAACCUGCAAGUUACAUGAAGUGCUGAUCUAGUGUGGGGCAGUGAAGAGAAUUAAAAGCCCCAUUCCCCAACAUCUCUUCUCCAAUCAAAUUAAUACACACCCACCCCACAGUGCCACUUUGCAUUAAGGAAAAAGACAUGGGGUUCAGCCACAGGCCUCGCUUUUCGCGUGUGGUUUGGCUCUUGGAUUCUCAGUCUGGCUCCUCUGCAGGUUUUUCCUCCUUCAUCUUAAGCGCUGAAUAGAUUGAGGCUGUCUGGAGACACUGCAGCUGUUCUCUCGCUUCACUGUCCGUUUGCUUCUCAGGGCCAGAUCUUCUCUCUUGUCCUGAUGAAUAGGCUGCAGUAAAUUUUGAUGGGUGAUUCCAGAGUUGUCUGUCUGCCUGCCUGCCUGCCUGCUACAAAGUGGUUCAGUUCAACUCUGCUCUGCCAACAGUGUAAAUCUUUGUUCUCUGGGCUAGCAGUCUUGGCAGGAUGCAGGAGAAACUGAUGGAGACACUUGAAAGAGCUAGGCAUCCAUUGAGGACAAUUUCCUUGUAAGGAUCUGAUGGGAAUAAGCCCCGCGCCCCCUCUCACACACACACGCACACACACACGGCUUAGUUUCAGCUUCUGAGUGGGGAGUGAUAUAACCCAGUAUUUUUGACAGUCUAGGUAAGGUUGUUGACAGUCACAUAAUAAAUCUAAGUGACAGAUGGGCCGUAAAAAUGCCAGUGGGGGGGGGGGAGAGAAUGUAAUUAAACCACUAUGUGGGGAGAUGCUUUGCUUUUUGACACAAUAAUUAAUCUGUUUUUACAUUAACAGUAUCGGAAUGUCACCUUGAGCUAAUGGUUUGCCAGUGGAGAAGAGGCAUCAAAGUGCAGGGCUAGGGCAGAAAUUCUGUUUUUUUGUUUUGUUUUCAGUUUCCCUGCCUUCCACUUCCUUUGUGUUGCAAUUUCUGUGUGCUGCUGUGGGGGGUCCCCAGUUAGGAACUAUUUAAUGUUCCUUGUUGGGUAAAGCUAGGAAGUAUUUACUAGCACACCAUUCCUAAAGGCUAUCAAAACUGGAAAGGGUGAGAAUUAUUAGCAGGCAUCUGCCUUUAUUAAGCAUUGAGUCCUGUAAUGUUGCAGAUCACUAUGUGGCCCAAAUUCUGCUGAUGGGUUUGAAGUUGGAGCAUUGCAUUGCCAGAUCAUGGAUGCGCUAGGGAACGCUGUGUAAAUUCCUGCUAGUAGUUUGAGUUGACAGUGGAAAAAUAUAGAUACAUUCUGAUUUAGCUGUUUUUGAACCUGUAAUCCCUGUAAAAUGGGCACACGAGUAACACUGUUAAAAAUAUCUAUAUUGUGUUGCGCAUGUGACAGUGUGGCUCCCACACUGACUGUCUGGACCAGGGGUCAGCAAACUUUUUCAGCAGGCGGCUGGUCCUGUCCCUCAGACCUUGUUGGGGGCUGGACUAUAUUUUUUGGGGGGGAAAUGAAUGAAUUCCUAUGCCCCACAAAUAACCCAGAGAUGCAUUUUAAAUACAGUGGUGCCUUGCAAGACUAAAUUAAUUCGUUCCGCGAGUUUUUUCAUCUAGCGAAUUUUUCGUCUUGCGAAGCACGAAAUCCCAUAGGAAUGCAUUGAAAUUCAAUUAAUGCGUUCCUAUGGUCAAAAAAGUCCAAACAAAGCCAAAUUUGGUACAACAAGAGUUUAUUAAGUGCUCUUUAAAGUCACACAUACUGUAAAGAGCAUUUCAAAAAUUGAAGGAACAAUAAAUUAAGUUUCUAAACAUGACAGAAAAACAUUUAAAAAUCAACAAAGUGUACAGUACAUUUUCUAAGACUCUGGGGACAACUCGAAGAAGGUUCCUCUUCCACUCUUUGCUUCUUGCUGAAGAACCCCCUCCUCAACUGUUCCCCCAGCCGCCCACCACACAGAAAUUCAAAUCCAGAAAUUUUUUUAAAAAACAGCAGAGUGGCCCAAUGGUCACAGAAAAUCAUAAAAAUGCAGAAAAAAACACACAAGCUUCCAGAUUCUUGCAAACCCCUCUCCAACACCACCAAAGUCUUCAAAAACCUCAAAAAAGGCUACCACACCGCGUGCUAUGAGUUGCUCCUCGAAGUCAAGUCGCAACUGUAUUAACGGUGUUAAGAAAAAGGAAACAAACUUGCAAGACGUUUUCGUCUUGCGAAGCAAGCCCAUAGAGAAAUUCGUCUUGCGAAGCAGCUCAAAAAACGCAAAACCCUUUCGUCUAGCGAGUUUUUCGUCUUGCGAGGCAUUCGUCUUGCGGGGCACCACUGUAAAAGCACACAUUCUACUCAUGUAAAAACACGCUGAUUCCCAGACCGUCUGUGAGCCGGAUUUAGAAGGCGAUUGGGCCGGAUCUGGCCCCCAGGCCUUAGUUUGCCUACCCAUGGUCUGGACUGUGGUUGCUAGGAGUUUUUGGUUGCUUAAUGAAUAAAACAGUCCGUGAUCCUGCUUCUUUGCAGGAAGGUAAAGUUGGCAGGUGGUUUAGGUCAAAGCUUCAAACACACACACACACACACACACACACACACACACAGAGCUGUGAACUGGCAAGAGAUACUAGGCAGUGACACUGGUUUCCCAGAAAAUUGUGAUUUAGAAAAUUGGAGGGGGGGAUUCUUAAUACCCUAAAUCAACAUGGUUAUUUGAGUUGUAUUCAGUAUAAUAUAAUUGAAAACUACACAUCAUCAUAAUUUGUUGUUGUUGUUUAUAAAAUUUAAAUACCGUCCUUCAUCCAAGAUCACAGAGGGGGUUACAACGUGGGUAGGCAAACUAUGGCCUGGGGGCCAGAUCCGGCCCAAUCGCCUUCUAAAUCCGGCUCGCAGAUGUUCUGGGAAUCAGGUCGUUUUUACAUGAGUAGAAUGUGUCCUUUUAUUUAAAAUGCAUCUCUGGGUUAUUUGUGGCGCAUAGAAAUUCGUUCAUUUUUCUCUCGAAAAUAUACUCCGGCCCCCCACAAGGUCUGAGGGACAGUGGACCAGCCCCCUGCUGAAAAAGUUUGCUGAGCCCUGGUUACAAUAUAAAACACAAAUCAUACAUACCAUACCAUACUAUCCAACCAAAAAAAUGCCCCUCGUAGAUGGUUUAAUUAGCCAAAGGCCUGGCUGAUUUAAUUGUACAUGCUAUAAAAAUAUUUCCCCCCCCCUAGUAGCUAAGUUGAGUUGAGUUGAAAUAUUUGAUUUCAGGAUAAAGGUCAGUAGAGCACAUUUAAUGUUGUUAUAGUUAAACAGACCCAAAGCUUAUUUUUAGUGGACUAUUUGUAAAUAUUUUAAGGCAGACUUCAGUAGCACCCAGUUCCUUAACUUGGAAGACACAUAGAAGAAAUAACAUUCAUGCCACUUUCAUGUCAAUUGAACUGCCUUGGAAUCCUGAGAAACACAUUUUUAUUUUAUUUUUUUGGUAAGCGUUCUGCACAUUUGCUUACAGAUAGCGCUUAGGGAGAUAGAAAUGGCUGUUAAACUGGGUUAAGUCUGUGGUGUGGACUGCUGGACUGAAGCUUUCUUCCCUCUCCUGCCCCCAUGCCGAGAAGAAACCCUGCAGAUUUUUGUUUUGCCUGAGAAAUAUACUAAAGAGUAUAUUUAUAGAAAGGGACGUGGGUGGCGCUGGGGGUAAAACCUCAGUGCCUAGGACUUGCUGAUCGUAAGGUCGGCGGUUCGAAUCUCCGCAGCUGGGUGAGCUCCCGUCGUUCGGUCCCAGCUCCUGCCCACCUAGCAUUUCGAAAGCACCCUUAAGUGCAAGUAGAUAAAUAGGUACCGCUUUAUAGCGGGAAGGUAAACGGCGUUUCCGUGUGCGGUGCUAGUGCUGGCUCGCCAGCUGCAGCUUCGUCACGCUGGCCACGUGACCCGGAAGUGUCUUUGGACAGCGCCGGCUCCCGGCCUCUUAAGCGAGAUGAGCGCGCAACCCUAGAGUCGGUCACGACUGGCCCGUACGGGCAGGGGUACCUUUACCUUUACCUAUAUUUAUAGAAAGACAUGUGGGGAUGUGUAUUUGUUGUUUCUGGUGCGAUUAUUGAUAAAACCUGCCAACAGAUCAUUGAGGAAGUGAUAGAGCUUUAAGUCCGUAGCGUAAGAUCAGUUCCAUACAGUUAUUCCAAAAGCGGUUACAGUGUGGUGCUGAUAACGCCAAGGUUGCAGGUUCGAUCCCUGCAUGGGUCGUUUGCAUAUUCCUGCAUUGCAGCGGGUUGGACUAGAUGACCCUCGGGGUCCCUUCCAACUGUACGAUUCCAUGAUUCUCUCUCUCCCACCUGCCUAUGCCCAGUAGCAUCGUCAUAGCUCUUAGAUGCAGCAGAUGAACCUAUAACGCAGGUCUAGUCAUGCCUUCUGGAAGUAACUCCCACUGAGUUCUGUGGAACUUAAGGUAAAGGGACCCCUGACCAUUAGGCCCAGUCGUGACCGACUCUGGGGUUGCGGCACUCAUCUCGCUUUAUUGGCUGAGGGAGCCGGCGUACAGCUUUCGGGUCAUGUGGCCAGCAUGACAAAGCCGCUUCUGGUGAACCAGAGCAGCGCACGGAAAUGCCGUUUACCUUCCUGCUGGAGCGGUACCUAUUUAUCUACUUGCACUUUGAUGUGCUUUUGAACUGCUAGGUUGGCAGGAGCAGGGACCGAGCAACGGGAGCUCACCCCGUCCCGGGGAUUCGAACCGCCGACCUUCUGAUCGGCAAGUCCUAGGCUGUGUGGCUUAACCCACAGCACCACCCGCAUCCCUUCUGUGGAACUUACUCCCAGUUAAAUGUGUUUUAGGAUUUCAGCCAAGUUUCUUAACAAAUGGCAGUUUCAUGGUUCACAUCCUCGACCCUUUCACGAGUGUCCUCCUCCUCCCAUAUUUUUUCCUGAUACUGACAACACACUUAGGCAGUUGGUUGCCCUGAGGCACUGUGUGAGUGACUCCCAUCAGUUGAUAGGAAAACCAGCCACUUGCUCUGUGUUGUUUGCCUGACACCAUCUUUUCCUUUCCUCAGCAAAGGUAGCGAAGGCAGUUUCAUAUAAUUUAGAAUCAGCAGGAGCCAGGGGACCUAGAAACAUGAAGCUUCAGGGGAGAAAUGACAAAAUCUGUAGCGAAUUUUGCAUGUUCUGUAAAUUUGUAUCUGUGUAGCUAAAGGCCUGUUCUUUAUUGGGCCAGUGUGAGCUGUUCACUCAUUUUGUUAGAUUGUGAUGUAGCCCACAGUAGUAGUCUCUGGCUCCUUGUAUUCUGAAAUGGAAAACAUGUGUUGUCUGCCCCUCCCCCUGAUUUUACAUACUUUCAUAUUCAUAUUCUGAAUUUUGGUGGUUUAUAGUCUCACCAUGAUCAUUAAAAAGCUCUCUGUAAUACAUUACAAUUGGUUCUCUCUGACCAAUUCUUGUUUAUCAUGUGGAUAUUAAGCAGGUUGGUUAUUUUGGGGGGGGGAGGGGUUGUGUAAUUUUGCAUGCUUAUCAUUUAAAGGCAGUUGUAAAAACAGCCAGCCAAACACAAAAACAUUAUCAAGCCUGCAAACCAAAUAUUUACUCAUGUUCGUUCUGAUUUUAAGACGCAGCAUUGACAAGCUGGUGGUAAACAAAUGAUUUAUAGAGUGUGUUAUCAUUGGGGCUCCCCAGCUGUCUUCAGAAUUAAAGAACAGAUUAAACAGAUUAAAUAAUAGAUAAAUAUCUGAUGCUGAUCCUAGCUAAAUAACAAGUCAAUUAAACAUGGAUUCAUCUUUCAUCUGCUGGUAACAGCCCAAAGGGUAGGAGCUAUAAUGUUCUAUGCGUGUUUGUAUAGAAUAAGGUAGUUCAGGAGAACCCCAGCAGAAAAUUAAAACCUAGAAUUGAGUGUAUUGGUGGUCAGAGGCCACAUAAAUGCGCUGAGGAUAAAUAAUAGCAAUUUAAAUUUAGUUGUAGUUAAGGUUUCAGAGUGUUAAAGGUAAAGGGACCCCAGGCCAUUAGGUCUGGGGUUGCGGCGCUCAUCUCGCUUUAUUGGCUGAGGGAGCUGGCGUACAACUUCCGGGUCAUGUGGCCAGCAUGACAAAGCAGCUUCUGGCGAACCAGAGCAGCGCAUGGACACGCCUUUUACCUUCCCGCUGGAGUGGUACCUAUUUAUCUACUUGCACUUUUACGUGCUUUCGAACUGCUAGGUUAGCAGGAGCAGGGACCGAGCAAAGGGAGCUCACCCCGUCGCGGGGAUUCGAACCGCCGACCUUCUGAUUGGCAAGUCCUAGGCUCUGUGGUUUAACCCACAGCACCACUCGCGUCCCGUUAAGUGCCUAUUUAUUUUUACAUACCCCCAGUGCAGCAUCGUUUGUACAAAGUUUGUAGCAGCAAAUGCUGCAGUAAGGAAACACCUCUCACGAAUUGCCCCUCAGUUGAGGACAGAAGAUGGUAUUCUUUUUGGCUUGGCCACAUGCCUGGAAACUGAACAAGUCACACAUCUGCACCAAGCUGUCACGGACAUUUCUCUAUAAGGUUUCUGUCUAUAUUUAUCUUGAAAUGCAAAAUAAUAAUAUAAUAAUAGUAAUGACCUGGCCAUUCUAUUCAGUUAAAUGGUGGUGUGUUAUAAAGAUGCAUCUAUUCCAGGGGUCAGCAACCUUUUUCAGCUGUGGGCUGGUCCACCAUCCCUCAGACCAUGUGGGGGUACCGGACUAUAUUUUUUGGGGGGGAAAUGAACGAAUUCCUAUGCCCCACAAAGAACCCAGAGAUGCAUUUUAAAUAAAAGCACACAUUCUACUCAUGUAAAAACACCAGGCAGGCCCCACAAAGAACCCAGAGAUGCAUUUUAAAUAAAAGGGCACAUUCUACUCUUGUAAAAACACACUGAUUCCUGGACCAUCCGCGGGCCGGAUUGAGAAGGCGAUUGGGCCGCAUCCGGCCCCCGGGCCUUAGGUUUCCUACCCUUAAUCUAUUCGAUAGAAUUAUUGGAAGGCUUUACUGGGAGGAAUCCUCGCCCCCACCCCAAUCAAUUUAGCAGUUGGCAGCAGAUUGGGGGGGGGGGUCAGAUUACAUAGAUAAUAAUGUGAUCACUGCUGAAAAACAACAACCCAAACAGCUCUGCUUUGUACAUUAUUACACUUGGCGUAGUAUUUGCAUGUCUGAAAUGUCAAGUGUGACUGAGCAAAUCUGGAAAAGGGUAAUCAUCAUAGGCUGUUGUUCUGUUCCCGUGGCUCUCCCUGCCUCCCGCUGUUUGAUUGUCAGAAGGGCAGCAGCGCUGAAAACCUAUUCGAGACGAAUUGAAAAUUAGAACGUUAGACUUUUCAUUUUCCUGUCUUCAACUGACCUCGCCAUGGAUAUUAUUUUUCUUCCCCUUGGGAAAGGAGAAAGGGCUGGUCAUAAAAAAACAAUGGGAACAUCUGGGAAUUUGAGAAAGCUCCGAUUAGGCAAAAGUUUAUUCUCGCCUCCUCCAAAUGCAAAGGAGCAGGAAAGAGAGCAGUUCUUGUCUUGAUGCUCAGCUUAAAUGAGUUGAUGAAGCCCUCUGGAAUUGUUUUCCUCCAUGUCCUCAACAGUCCACAAGUCCCAGAAUAACUAGGACUUCGACAUUGGAACGGACUCCCACGAGAGGUAGCGGAUUCCCCUUCCUUGGAGGUUUCUAAGCCGAGGUGGUAUGACCAACUGGACUAGUUCAGAUUCCUGCACUGCAGGGGGUGGGACUCAGAAGAAAAACUGCUCCCUUUCCAUUAUGCGGUAUUCCAGAGCCCAUACAGAGUCCUUAAGUGGGUUCCCUAUCAGUAGGAGAAAAUAACAGAGGCCAACCAGAGUAUAUUGAGAAGCAAAGUGGCUAGUAAGCCUGAUCUUUAUUCAAGGAACUGUUGCAACAGGGUCCCCACUCGCCAUGCGCAGGAGGGAGGAGAACCCUGAACAAUGGUGCACAGGCCCUUAUACUGUAUAGACUUUUGAAAUUGCCCACCCUGUAGCCCAAGACCACCCCCAAAAAACUUCAUACAUACAUCACAGAGGGAGGUGGUCUACAGCAGAAAUGACUGAUUGCAUUACCUGGGAAGUCUGGCCAUUCUUAUGUGAUGGUUAAUACUUUAGUUCCUGAAUCCAGGUCACAGGCUCACCCUAGUCAUACACAAAUGCGCCCUUAAGACAGGAUUUGUAAGCAAAAAGACAAUGGGAAGGAUUUCCCCAUUUGCCUCCCUUACUGCAGAGAGAGGAAUAUUUGAGGUCACUGGGAGAGUCAAAAUGGCAUCAGGAUUGCUCUCCCGUACUAUUUCAGACACAUGGUUCAUAUAUUUAGAUAUGUGUGCAUUUAUGAAUAUUUAUUCUAUAUUUGAGAGCUUAAAAUUCUUAUAACAGACUAGAUGACCCCCGGGGUCCUUCCCAGCUCUGAGAUGUUGUGAUUCUACGAUUCUAUGUAGAACUACUUUGCAGAGUUCUUUUAUGUGGGGAGGGGCCCUGUCAGACCAGAGUCCCUCCCUGCAUGGACGAACUUUAUCAUAAAUUGCUAUCCAUGGAAAACCCUUUCCCACGCUGUCCAAAAUGGGGAAGCAUUUCUGCCAUGCAAGCCUGCAGAGAGAGAGAGAGACAGAGAGAGACAGAGAGAGAGACACAGAGAGAGAGAAAUGUUCAUGUUAGCCCGUGUGUCCUUCUGUAUUCUUACCUUUUGUUUCAACAUGUUCUGGGAUCCAUACUGUGCAAGAAGAGAAUGUCUAGAUGUAUUUAUAUAAUAACCUGCAGAAAAUGGGGGUGGGGAGGUGUUGUGUUGGUAGAGCUGUAAAUAGUAAUUUCAGUGCAUCAGCGCUCCUAAAAUACACCUCUCUUCCUUUUGUGGGCUGGAAGUAUUUUGCUUGGCUUGCAGAGAUUUCAUAGUACUGUUUCCUUGUAGCUUGCGGCACUAACUGGAAGUACUUGCUUCUCUGAGUGAGGAAUGCCAGCUUCCUCAACUCCCUUUUAAAACUAGCCUGUGGCUUAGUUGCCUAGUCCUUAUCCCCAGCCAAAAAUGAACCUAAGUAUGAAACUGUUGCAUUUGCUCAUAUUCACCGCUUCUUCCCUUUCCUUGGUUGUGUGCUCCCAUAUUGAAAUUUCGACUGUAAGCUGCUUUGACCACCAGGAACCUGAAUUCUUGUUUAUGUUGCAGUGGCUUGGGUUCAAGUAAGCUGGUGUGCUAGCAGAAGUUAGUGCAAGGGCUCCCACUAGUGCAGUGGUGUUUUCUCCCCUCUGUUCCCCAAAUCUGCUCUCAAGGGUCAGGAGAACCCCCCAGAGCAGUGCAGGGGGCAGGCGCAAUGGGAUUUGCUUGCUCUGGCAAAGCAAUCAGAGGGUGCAAUGUUGAAUUCCUCCCUUUGCUCACAAAAAAGGUAAAGGUACCCCUGACCAUUAGGUCUAGUUGCGGACGACUCUGGGGUUGCGGGCUCAUCUCGCUCUAUAUGCCAAGGGAGCCAGCGUACAGCUUCCGGGUCAGGUGGCCAGCAUGACUAAGCCGCUUCUGGCGAACCAGAGCAGCGCACGGAAACGCCGUUUACCUUCCUGCCGGAAUGGUACCUAUUUAUCUACUUGCACUUUGACGUGCUUUUGCACUGCUAGGUGGGCAGGAGCAGAGACUGAGCAACAGGAGCUCACCCUGUUGCGGGGAUUUUAACCGCUGACCUUCUGAUCAGCAAGCCCGGCUCUGUGGUUUAGACCACAGCGCCACCUGCGUCCCCAUAGCUCUGUGUAAAUAACAGGAAGUGGGUUUUUAUGAGGAACAUGAAGGAGGAAAAAGAACUCCUUGCCCCCUGACUCUCCCGCCUAGUGGCUGAAGAAACCCUUGAGUUUCAUAUCAUUGGGAGCUUCAGGGAUGACUUUUGAGUCACCAGUUAUGAUGCAAGAUACCAAGUAUUGGCUUCCUUGUAUUUGUUGUGGUCAUUGGGCCAGGGAGUGCACGGUUUCUCCUUGGCACUGUGUGCAGUAAGGCACUAGGGCUGGGUGAUACAUCGAUAUAAGUUCCGAAAGCAGUUCAAAGUCCAUAUUGUGAUGUCUGUUUCAUAAUUUUUGACCUGGCAAUAUAUCAUGAAUCAUGGUGUGAUUCUUGCAUCGCAUGCGCACGCAGAAAAAAAUGUGAAACCAGCCAGUGCCUCCAUCCUUAUUUCAGACGUCGUGAUAUAUCAGUAUAUUGUGAUGUUUAGCUGGUGACGUAUUGUGAUGUUGUAAACCAGAUACCAUCCAGUUCUAUAAGGCACAUUCACGUAUUAAAUGUUACUGGUGAAGGAAGGAAUCUGAGACACGGCAAUGGUGGAUUUUGCUUGAUUGGACAGCUAGUAGCUAGCAAAUGGCUUGCACAAUUCCUUCAGAAGCAGAUUGAAAUGGGGAAAUCCAUCGAGUAAGUGAGCGAUUGAAAUGUCAGAAAUCUACAAGGUACACUACAGUGACAAGCUUGUCUCCAGAUUUUUCCAAUUAUCCCUACCCCCAGGCAUCAGUCUAGGAGGCAGCUUCUGUUUCGUACUUACAUAACAUAUUCUCUCAUGAAUUAUUAUUAUUAUUUAUUGUGAUAUAAUGUUGGUGCAGUAAAUAUUUAAGAGCUUGUUCCCAGCAUAAAAAUCCAGAAGGCGUACAGCCCAGUUUUCCACAACAAUAUUUAAACAAAGCUGAUAAUUUCAUCUUGUGGAGUUUGUUUGUUAGUGAACCAGUCAAGAAGGGUCUCAAGUCUUUUGCUAGGGAACGGAGUGUGCUUGCCAUUGGUGCAUUUAUUUUGUACGUGGACCUUUUAAGUGAUUUAGCAUCACAAAGAGCAAUUCAGUGGCGUUUUAACGCUUUUCAGAGUUGCAUGUUGAAAUACAGCGCUUCCAAGUGCCCAAAUCGUUUCACUUACAUGCCCCUGUGACGAGCCUUACAGCAAGCAUGUUAAGGCAGGCCAGUCGUAAUAUUUAUAUUGUAGAUGUGGGGUUGAGGCUGAGAGUGGCCUGCCCAAAGCCAUCCAGUGAGCUCUGGGUUCAGAUUUUACCCAUGGGCUUCCUGUUCCAGAACCCCUCUGCUGCAGCAUCUCUCUGCCCAAGCCCACAAGCAUGCACUAGGGAGGAAUUGGUUGAGCAGCGAAUAUGCUUCAUUCCAUUCUUGUAAUGUGACCAUGUUAGAUGGGAACCCUUCAGAUUUGUGACCGUGCUAGUGUGCUGUCACUUUAGUCUGCUUCAUUCCAAUGCCUUGGGUAUCCUUCUCCUCUUCAGAGGAGUGUUCGAAAUUAGCCAGGUGCCAGGAGCUUUUUGAACCUGGCUACUUGCAACCAAGUGAAAAUGCCUGGAUGCUAGGUGACAUCACCAUCUGGAGGUGCAUGCCUGGGAAUCAUUGGGUUGUGACUGUUUUCGCACCCUAAUGCCACAUUCUGUAGAAUUCUAUCUGUUAUAUUUUACCUGCAUAAUCGGUAUGAAUUUCAGGAACUAAAAUGCUUUUUCUGGGCAGCCUGAGCAGGAACAGUGAACAACAUUAUAGUUAAUUGUUGCAGCUUGCCUUCUCUGCACCCCUCUGCCCUGCUCAUGGUUGUGAGGAAUAUUCUUACCUUAUGAAUGGUCCGUGUCACCAUUAAGAAAAAGAGACUGGAACAGGCCAAUAUAUAUGUGGACUGUCCCUGGAUCAAGUGACUUUUCUUCUUGAAGUUCUCAGAGCUCUUAACCCAGCUCAAGGUGCUCCUCUGAACUAGCCAGAUCUUUAAAUGAGAAUCAAUCACAGUCAGUCCAUCACUUGAAAAAUACAGUGGUACCUCGGGUUACAAACACUUCGGGUUACAAACUCUGCAAACCCGGAAGUAGUACCUUGGGUUGAGAACUUUGCCCCAGGAUGAGAACGGAAAUCGUGCACCGGCAGCAGCAGGAGGCCCCAUUGGCGAAAGCGCGCCUCAGGUUAAGAAUGGUUUCGGGUUAAGAACGGACCUCCGGAACGAAUUAAACUGAGGUACCACUGUAAGACUUUAGAGCUGUCUAAAUGGCAACUCGACAUUCCAUUUUGGUGACUAUAACCUUUCUUUAAGGAGCCAUUUGGCACCUAGUUUAUACAGUGGUACCUCAGGUUAAGUACUUAAUUCGUUCCGGAGGUCCGUUCUUAACCUGAAACUGUUCUUAACCUGAAGCACCACUUUAGCUAACGGGGCCUCCUGCUGCCGCCACGCUGCCAGAGCACGAUUUCUGUUCUUAUCCUGAAGCAAAGUUCUUAACCCGAGGUACUAUUUCUGGGUUAGCGGAGUCUGUAACCUGAAGCGUAUGUAACCCGAGGUAGCACUGUAUAUCUGAGUUUCUAGCACUGCUCCCGAGUGCCAGGUAAGUAGUAAACCAUGGGAACAGGAAAAGCUGUUCAUAUUUUGACUUUAUUAAGAAAUUUACAUUGAAAUUCUGAAGUGGGUGAUUUUAAAAAACAACUUUUUUUUGCUUCUGCUGCAGGUUGGAAAAGAAACCGUACAGACAACUGAAGACCAGAUUUUGAAGAGAGACAUGCCUCCUGCAUUCAUUAAGUAAGAAAAUAAACAUUGCAAGUCUUGAUAGUGGUUUUAGAAAAGCUUCGGUAACCUUGUAUCAGUGCCGUACUAUUUUGGAGUGCAAAUGAGACCUCCCUUGACUGAAUGCUUGUCAGUAAACAAGCAAGCAAGCAAAAAUCCCUGCACAUAGCAAACUAAUACAUCAGGAACAAGAUUAGACUUGUUAUUCAUCAGAGAUUUGGGUUAAUUUGGACUGGACUUUGUAAUGUGGUCUUAGCUGUUCCAAUAUCCCGCUUCUUCAGUACAGAGUUCUCCAACGACUAGCCGCACAAAUAAUAUUUUUCUCCCUAAGAUAAAAGUCCCUUUUAGUUUGGAUGACAGUCUCAAGGGGUAGCGUGUUUGCUUUUCUCUGUGUGUGCCCUUGGUCUGGCUCAGAUUUUGUUUGAUACCUGAAAGCUAAUUGACUGGUGCUCGUAAUUAACUUCAUGCAUCGGCGCAAAAGAUAUAAUGAUUUUCUUCUUGGAGGUUUUGAAGACGUAAUAAUCACUUUCGUUAUCAUUAAGCCAAUUUCCUUGACAAUGUCAAAUAUAAAUUCCUUAUUGAAAAAGGCUGUUUCUGGCCAGCUUCUGAAUAGUGUGUGUUCUUUAUUAGUUAAGACAGAUGAAGGUUUUGCUAAAUUGUUGGGGGUGAGAGCAUCCCAUGAUGUGGGGCAGAAAGAUGUUGCCUCAAGCACAUGAAUGCCUUUGCCAGGAGGUGGGAAAUCUGGGGCAGUGAAAAAGCUAAAUGGAAAAUUGUAUGAAGACCUAUUUGCAUUGUUGAUUAUUCUGAAUAUUUGCUUAGUAGCUUCUCUGCCUGCUUUAAAUAUCAGAUAUACUGCACUAUGAUUACAUCCAACUUUUUCUCUAAAGCAUAGGAAGAUCUAAUUAUGUCUUGGGAUUUCAUAGUGUGAAUGAGAGAGUAUAAUAUGCUGCAUUACACACCUGUCAACAUUUCUCCCAUGAAAAUAAGGACAUCCUAUUUCAUAACAAUAACAAUGAUAAUUUUAUUAUUUAUAUACCACUUUUCUGCCUGAGUUGCCUCAGCCGCUCUGGGCAGCUUCCAACAUAUAUAGAAAACACAAUUAAACACUAAAAAAAAAAUCCCAGAUGUCUUCUAAAGGUUGUAUAGUUACUUAUCUCCUUGGCUUAGGGGGUCACAUAACUCCCUACCAUCCAACAUUUCUCCAAUGAAAAUAGGGAUAGCCUAAUGGUUUUCCCAGUAGUGAUGUAUGGAAGUAAGAGCUGGACCAUAAAGAAGGCUGAUCGCCCAAGAAUUGAUGCUUUUGAAUUAUGGUGCUGGAGGAGACUCUUGAGAGUCCCAUGGACUGCAAGAAGAUCAAACCUAUCCAUUCUGAAGGAAAUCAGCCCUGAGUGCUCACUGGAAGGACAGAUCGUGAAGCUGAGGCUCCAAUACUUUGGCCACCUCAUGAGAAGAGAAGACUCCUGGAAAAGACCCUGAUGUUGGGAGAGAUGGAGGGCACAAGGAGAAGGGGACGACAGAGGACAAGAUGGUUGGACAGUGUUCUCGAAGCUACCAGCAUGAGUUUGACCAAACUGCAGGAGGCAGUGGAAGACAGGAGUGCCUGGCGUGCUCUGGUCCAUGGGGUCACAAAGAGACGGACAUGACUAAAUGACUAAACAACAACAACAAAGGAAAAACGGGACAUUCUGGGAUCAAAUCAGAAACCGGGAUGGCUUUUGUUGAUCUGAAAAUAGGGACACAUGGAGACUCUGGUAUUACUGCAUUUAAGUGAGAUGAACAGGGUUCUCCUUAACAAGCUGCAGUUACCAGGAUGCUUUGGGUAAGGUUACCAGAUUUUUUCCAAUGAAUCCGGGGACACUUUUCAACUUCAAUGGAUUUUGUAUGGGGACUGAUUUGUAAAUCCGGGGACUGUCCCCGGGAAACGGGGACGUCUGGUAACCUUAGCUUUGGGGGAAGCCAUCACUGUUGGAAAUGGCAUGAUAUACUGCUUUAAACGGACAGCAGAGAUAGGGCCUAGGGUUUGAAAAUGCCAUUGGACACAACUUUUGGAACUGGUGGACACAAAAAGCUGUGACACGGGCGAUCCAUGAUCAGGUCUCUUUUCGCUUGACUGUUGUUCUGGGGUGGUUAACCCUUAUCCCUCCCCCUACAGUCUUUAUUUGAUUUAAACCACCUUUCAAAGCAGCUGUGAAGGGAAAUAGGGACCCACAUUGCAUCCUUCUCUCCCUCCCUGUCUCUUCCCCCAGCUAAUAGCAGUUGUUUUGGUGGUUGGGGGGGGGGAAGGGAGGUAGUUUUAAAUUGGGGAAAUGGCCUGCCUGCUUUUAGGCUUUGGGUACCACAUUAGGGACCACUGUGUUAUGACAUGGGAGUCAGCUGUUCAAAGUCCCCCCCCCACCACCACCUGGCCCGUUGUGUUGGAUCCGAACCUAUGUUGCGUUCCCAGUGUUGCUGGCUAUAUUUACACUGAGGUAAUAAAUAUAUUUUGGGGCUGUAAGACUGAAGACUGCAGGUGAGGGCUUGCCUUAAUGAAUGUUCCUCCAUGGAAAAAAAAUUGACCGAGCAAGCUUGUUUGUUAGGGAGAAGACUAGGCUGAACACUUCUUGUAACACCAUUUUCUAUGUGGAAGGGGUUAAUUGCAUAUGGGGAAGGGGUUCAGCGAUGUGAACUAUCUGUAAUAUAUAGCUCCAAAAUGGCUCUACCAUCUCCGUGGGAAUUGUUUGCCUUCAUUGCAACAGUACCAAGCGCUCUUAGCACCUCAAGAUUAAUAGCUACGGCUUAUAUGCAGUCAAACCUCGAUGCCAGUUGUAAAAUCAGAUUAGCCAUAAGAAUAGGAAGUUGUUAACCAAAGUCAGGACCUGUACAGGCACAAAUAGGAGAACUUGAAGGAAAUGGUGCAAAAUAGGCAAGAGAAUGAUACAUACGUUAACUCCUGCAGAAAUAAUAGUAUUUUAUUUUUAAGACACUGAAGUUCUACCUUAAAAAAAUAAAUAGUGCUGUGUUUUUAUCUGGAAAGGACGUAGAUGUUUUAGCACACACGGCUCUAGUGGCAUUUACAAGAUACUUGGCUGCUAUCUAAAACCAGCCAAGUGAAUUAUAUUUAAUCUUUUGCUAAAUUUGGCUUGUAAAUAGGAUGUUACUCUCUCAUCUGUGUUACAGCUUAGAUCGCACGUCCAGUAGCUUGCUGUCAGUGCAACUCAUCAUUUUGUGUAUUGAACUCGACAAAAUCCGCAGAUUUUAUCAACAAGUUGGUCAUUGCUCCAGCAUUUUCUUGCAUUAUGCUGAUCAAAAAAUUACUGUAGGUGAGAAUUACGUUGCAGCUCUGAGUCCCUGAGCUACCAAAAGUGCUCAGAUUAGUGCUCCAGGAAACUAAUUAUUGUGUACAUUGCGAGAGCAUAUUGUCUGAUUUCAGACUUGACGCUUUAGAAAACUCACUGUGAAUAAAAGGAAAGUAACCGUUUCACAAAUGGCAUUUUAAUAAUUUUGGGCUUAGAAUUCUUCCUAUAAGGUAAUGGCUUGUUUUAACGAUAUUUCAAGCCAGCAAAUAAUGUCAUCCUGCCCUAGCUGAUAGUCAAAUGGUCUAGACUAGCAGGAGUCAUUUUCCCUGGUUAAAGCAUAAUUUAAAAACAACAACCCAACAACCUCUGAAUGCCAAACCUGUAUGAGUCAUGCACAGAUUUUUGUAUUCCAAUCAGAACAGAACUGAGUGAUAGCAGGCUGGUGACAGUUCCUCAAGCUUCCUUCUUCUCCCGUCCCCUCAGGGCAAGAUGGUCCUUUAAAUAGCCCUGGGAUGAUAGUUGGGGGGACGAGGAGGUAGAUUCUAAGGUACAUGAGCAAGGCAAGAGAUUAAUUGACAAACGGAAGCUAUGGAGAUGUCCCAACAAGUGACCUGCCCCUCCUGCCAAUCUUUGAAAGAAGUGGGACGAGCUCCCAAGACUCGCUCUAUUAAGGCAUGCCGUUUUAGGGAGUGAAACUUAAUUUUGCAAAUUUCUUCAGUGAGGGUUCUCAAAAAUAGGCUUCUGAGUGUGAGGAAUUCAAAUCUGCUGUUUUUGAGAUUAGGCAGCAUUUAGCUUGGUAAGUCUGCGUUUGCUGAAGAAGCACAUAAUUUGCUUUCGGAAAACCAAAUAAUUUUAAUGUUGCGAUGCUUAAUAAUAAUAAUAAUAAUAUAACAUAACUGUAGGUAUUAGGCAAUCAUUUUUAAUGAUUUUGAUGCAGUUUCGCACAGUUUACUCACCAAGCAAAACUAAAUUAUAUUAAUUUAACUGAAAUAUCUUUUGAAUCCCCAAGUCAUGUUACAACAUUUUCGUACCCCUCCUUUUUGGAAUAUGAAAGUUGAAAAAUUCAAUGUGCCCUAUUGCUGCAUAGUUCCACCUGUAAAGGUGGUGUCAGGUUCUUGGUGACAAAGCUGGGUCCUAUACCUCUGCCUUCAGCAAGAAGCUUUUAAACCAAAACGGGCCAUCGGUUAAUAGUUUUUAAAUGCAUGUUGGCAUGUAAUGUGUAGUUUUCCCCAAACACUGGCCUUUUCAACAUACGUCAUACAUGCUUCAAAUGAAACCAGCUUUAUGCAAGAGGAAGGACCAUGGCUCAGGGGCAGAAUGCAUGCUUUGCCUCCAGAAGGUCUCAUACUUAUUCCCAGCAGCUGGGAAUCACUCAUGUCCAAAAGCGUGGAGAAGUGCCUCCAGCCCAGGGCUAAGGGUACUAAGAGCUAGAUGGACCAAUCUUCUGUUUCUGUGUUUUACAUUUUAACUAGAAAACGCACCCUGGCAUGGGAGUAGGAGUGAAGGUAAAGGGACCCCUGACCGUUAGGUCCAGUCACGGAUGACUCUGGGGUUGCGGUGCUCAUCUCGCUUUACUGGCCGAGGGAGCCGGUGCACAGCUUCCGGGUCACGUGGCCAGCAUGACUAAGCCGCUUCUGGCAAAUCAGAGCAGCGCAUGGAAACGCCGUUUACCUUCCCGCCAGAGUGGUACCUAUUUAUCUACUUGCACUUUGACGUGCUUUCGAACUGCUAGGUUGGCAGGAGCUGGGACCGAGCAACGGGAGCUCACCCCGUCCCGGGGAUUCGAACCGCCGACCUUCUGAUCGGCAAGUCCUAGGCUCUGUGGUUUAACCCACAGCGCCACCCGUGUCCCUUGUAGGAGUAAAGAGGAUAUGUUAAAUAAUCUGUGUACAAUCCGAAGGAAGAUGGUCUAUUACAGUGUUUCCCCAACUUGGGUCUGCAGCUGUUUUUGGACUACAAUUCCCAUCAUCCCUGACCACUGGUCUUGCUAGUUAGGGAUGAUGGGAGUUGUAGUCCAAAAAAUCAGCUGGAGAGUCUGGGAAGCACUGGUCUGUAGUCAUACUGCUCCAGAGUUGGCUCCCAUCUGUACCCUACAGGUAGAGGGACUGACAUUAAUUUCUCUCUCACAAUGGUUUCUCCUAGGGUGGAAAAUGCUUGCACAAAACUUGUACAGGCCGCGCAGAUGCUCCAAACGGACCCUUACUCAGUACCUGCUCGUGAUUACCUCAUUGACGGAUCAAGAGGCAUCCUUUCUGGGACAUCGGACUUGCUUCUGACAUUCGAUGAGGCUGAGGUGAGCUUUCUAAUGCAGUACCUGACUGCAAAUUUAGAGCGCUUGCCUGAAUAUCAUUUUCUGCAUUAGUGGUUUAUAAAAGCAUGAUUCAUAAAACCAGGGCUGAGUAUUGGGGCUGGGGAGGGCUUUCCCUUGCCCUCACUGAGUUGCACACCAUGUGCAAAAUUCCUGGCUUCUGUGCACAGAAGCUGGCUUGUAUUAAGCUAGAGUUCCCUGUUAUGUCUAAACUGUGGCUCUGGCAUAAUGUUGUUAACAAGUCAGGAAAGUAAGGUAGAGUGACUCUGGCUAAAAUCUGCAUGUCACAAGAGACAAAGGAAAAGGGAGAGGAGAAGUGCGAAGCGCACUCCUGGCUUCAUAAAACACGGUUUAUAAAGCCCCCAACCACAGCAUUGAAAAGUCAGAAAUGCAUUAACUUGUCACGAUGGUAUUACAGUUGUACCUUGGUUUUCGAACAACUUAGUUUUUGAAUGUUUUGGCUCCUGAACGCCGGAAACCCAGAAGUGACUGUUCCGGUUUGCGAACUACUUUUGGAAGCCAAACGUCCGACAAGGCUUCCGUGGCUUCUGAUUGGCUGCAGGAGCUUCCUGCAGCCAAUCAGAAGCCGCACUUUGGUUUCCGAAUGUUUUGGAAGUCAAACGGAUUUCCGGAACAGAUUCCGUUCAACUUCCUAGGUACGACUGUACGUGUUUUUUAAAGUAAGAUUUUUCUCACCAGUACUCUUUAUGAAGUUUAUUUCCGCAUGUUUUGAAUUAACAUUACAGCAUGCGGCUCUGGCAUUGAGAAUAAAUGCAAGAUGUUCCUUAGCAGACACAAUGACUGUGUAUUUUUUCAGUGCUUUUUAGUUAGUACUGUGGGGGCAUAGGAGAGGUGCAUUAAAGCAAAGCUUAUCAGCCAUUCUAUGAAUAUCCUUGGCACCUGAUUUAUUAGCAAUUACUCUCCCAUUUCUUAUUGAUACCAUUGGAGAUAAUAGCUCUUGAAAUUAUGGAGUAGUUAAUUUGCCUUCAGGGAAGCUGAUUUCUGGAAAGUGCUCGCUCUUUCCCCAUCUUUGUGAUUUUGAUAGCGUGUUCUCAAACUUGCAUUGUCACGCUGGAAAUAUUAAAGAAACGGUCAUAUAAUGCAACUUUUGGCUAAAGCUUUAAAAUGGAACAUUCUCUCCCGUGCUGCGCUUAAUUUCACACAUUCAACAGUGCUCAUAUAGCAUCUAAAUAUAGAAGGCAUACAUUUUAUUUCAAGGGAUUUUGCAUUCAUUGCUGCACAGAGAACAUUACAGUGGACCCUCUGGAUACGAAAAAAUCCGUAACCAGAGGCGCUGCUUCUGCGCACGCGUGCGGUGUGAUAGAGUGCUUCUGCGCAGCGCGAUGGAGCGCUUCUGUGCAUGCGCACGGCGUGCAGAACGUAACCUGAAGGUUGCGUAUCCAGAGAGGCACUGUACUUGAAAGAACAUGAUGGGGGGAAAGCAUUCUCAGAGGCAGUCGUGUGCAACUCUGCAGGCAGCUUUUUCUAUUGAUGGGUAAUGGGUAGAGCAUUGCACCUACCAGACAUUCAUCCCAGAGCAACUAAACGUGGUGUUUUAUUGUGAGGGAAAUCAGACCUGUUGCAAAGUAUGCGGAACAACACACGUUUGUUGCCCUGAAAACAAAUACAGUGGUACGUUGGUUCUUGAAUGCCUUGGUAAUCAUACAUUUAGGCUUCCGAACACCGCACACCAAGAAGUAAGUGUUCUGGUUUGCGAAUGUUUUUCGGAAGCCGAACAUCUGAUGCAGCUUCCGAUUGAGUGCAGGAAGCUCCUGCAGCCAAUCAGAAGCUGUGCCUUGGUUUUUGAAUGGUUCUGGGAGUCGAAGCGACUCCCGGAACGGAUUAAGUUCGAGAACCAAGGUACCACUAUAUGCUGGAAAGCACCAGAUGUUUGUUCAAAUCGCUUCCACCAUGCCGUGGCGUGUCUCUCCGUAUUGCCACUGAUGUUGUGCAUGCUCUGCUUUUGAUCAGAAACAGUGCCUUUAACUUGAAGCCAUGUUGGCCCGUUGUGAUAAAAGGAAAAAACACUAAUGAUUACCUUUUUUAUUAUUAUUUAAGGUCCGUAAAAUCAUUCGUGUCUGCAAAGGAAUUCUGGAAUACCUAACAGUGGCAGAGGUGGUGGAAACUAUGGAGGACUUGGUCACCUACACAAAGAACCUAGGGCCAGGUUAGACAUUCCCAGUAUUCCUCUUAGUGCAUUCUAGCAAUGUUUUUACCUGGCACCUUUAAUAAUGUGGAGAUUUUUCUUUCUCUCUCUCUCCUGAGCUAUGGGAGGCACCAUUGCUUAGUUGCCAAGCUCAUGUCUUGCAUGCCAAAGGUUCUAGCUUCAAACCAAAAGGCUCUACCUGAAGCCUUGUCCCUGCCAAUCCGUGCCCAGUACUGGGUGCAAGGCCACUGCAAAGGAAGAAACCUCGCUUGUGAGAGUAAAUAGAUCUAGAACUCAUUGGCUUGAAAUGGGGCAUUGCAAACUUUAGAGUCUCUGUGGGGUCCAUGUGUUUAUAAUCAGCGUUCGAAAUUCUCCAGGCACAUUUUGCACCUGGCUACCGGCCACUUGCGACCAAAUGAAGGUUCCCCAUCGCCAGGAUGGUGCCUGAUGUCUCCACCAUAAGGAGGUGCAUGCCUGCACAUCCUUGGAUCUUGACAUGUUUUAACAUACUAAUACCACAUCCUGUGGAAUUCUGUCAGUUAAAAUGUUAUCUACACAAUCAGAAUGAAUUUCAGGAACCAAAAAGCCGUAUUGAAAAAUACGGCUUUUGAGCAAUUCCGUUUUGGCAACCGCUAUCAUCAUCAUCAUCAUCUGCGGUUUACAGAAUAAAAUCAAAAUAUAAAACCGCAAAAUCUAUAAUCAAAAUAAAAACAACAAUAGUAAAAGGUAAAGGGAACCCUGACCAUUAGGUCCAGUCGUGAACGACUCUAGGGUUGCGGUGCUCAUCUCAUUUUAUUGGCCGAGGGAGCCGGCGUACAGCUUCCGGGUCAUGUGGCCAGCAUGACUAAGCCGCUUCUGGCGAACCAGAGCAGCGCAGGGAAAUGCCGUUUACCUUCCCGCCGGAGUGGUACCUAUUUAUCUACUUGCACUGGCGUGCUUUCGAACUGCUAGGUUGGCAGGAGCUGGGACCGAGCAACGGGAGCUCACCCCGUUGCGGGGAUUCGAACCGCGACCUUCUGAUCGGCAAGUCCUAGGCUCUGUGGUUUAACCCACAGUGCCACCCGUGUCCCUAAAACAAUACCCCCCCCCAAACCCCACAUUUUAAAAGAGCAUAGUAGCCCUUGUUUAAGGAGCCAUUUGGCUCCUAGCUUAUAUACCUGAGUUUCUAAUGCUGAUUGUAAUAUUUCACCUAUGUGUUUUCUUGAAGUGUGAGAAGUGUUACCUCCCUGGAGGUGCUAUAUGAACAAAACCUUUGCGAUUUGUGCCAUCCCCUUCAUACUUUGUGAACCAUUGACCCUGAAGUGGUAGCAGCAUAGAGAGGCACUUAACCCUCUUUUUUCCCUCUAACCAGUCUGCCAAAGCCAGCAAACAGUCACUAUUUGUGGGUUAUGACAGUGAUAGCCCUGUUUUUAAUUCAUGAGCCUGCAUUGUCCGCAUAUAAAUUGGCAGCGGAGAGCGGGGGAUGGGAUGGGAUCACAAAAUCCUUAACUUAAAAGAGAAGAGUUGGAUCCUUCCCUGCCCUAUCUCCCUGGGUCCCAUUGCUUCAGGUACUUUUCCUUCCAGCCCGACUCAGUUCAGGAGCUCUUUUAUUCUGGCAUGCCCCUACUGAUGUUAAACUUAGCCCCUCUAGACCUCUCCCACUCUCCCCUUAAAUAUGAAUGGGGCAGGCAGGCAAAUACACAAAUGCCUCUGUCACAUUCACUUUGACAAUGAGGAAUGGCCAAGAGGAAUGAACUGUUCCUGAGCCAGAAAGGGAGUCAGAAAGGAAUUCAGAAGCAGGAUGAGCAGGCAGGCAUUCCCCAGCCAGCUCGAAGCUGCUGGAACCUCUUUGCCUCUACAUGGAGCGGAAAAUCAAGGGAUUCUCCAAUAUCGAUUUUAAAAAAAAUGGUGGUAGGGAAAGAAGCAAGCAUGUCUCUGUGUUCAAGAGAGGUACGCAGAAACACUGAAUUUUUAAGAGCAGAUGAAGGACAAAAAUGGGGUGAGACCAUGUUGCUUGCAGCCAGAGACAAUGUAAAGCAUUGCCCACAGCAGCUGUUUCAGAUAUUUAAUACAUCAGGCUGUCAAAAGUUGCUUUAAGUGAGUGCUUUGCUCUCAACUUGGAGGGCAGUGAGGUUUCCACCCUUUUUUAUGGCCUGACUUUCUAAUUUUCUGGGACUUCGUAGGAAGUGGAGUUUUUUCGCUGAAGGCCUGCCUAGCCAAGGCGCUGGAUAAAUUCAAGACUUGGAAUAUAUAUUUUAUCCUGGUGGAGGCCUCUGUUUAGAUAACACUUACUCUAGUCGAUGUGUCUUCUAUUCUGGGAGUUCUGUCUGCCUUUUGCUGGCAGGCCUUGCUUUCUUUACACUCUCUUCUCACUUUCUGAACGUAUCGUGGCCUUAAGAGUUUGUGGGACAAAUACAUUCUGGCUUCCAACUCUACUCCAAACUUGCCCAAAUUAUGUGAUGCUGUUCCAAUAUCUGCCUCUACUCUUGCAAUCCCAUAGGCUGCCCAGUUGCAUCAGAUAACUGUUCAUCUUUUUUUGUUUUUUUGUUUUGUUAUUCCCUUCCUAAUUAAACGCAUCAUUAAUGUUGGAUAUGCUGACCUGCAUUUCUAUUUCACAGAAACAAGAUGGCAUGAAAGUGAAAGGAAACUUUUUUUUUAAAAUAGAAGCAUAAAAAUUAAGGGAAAUAAUUUCCAUGCUUCUGUUUUAGAAACAUUUCCUGUCCUUUUUGUUUACGUGUUUUGUUUUGCUCAGUUGCUCUAGUAGUUUUGCUGUGGUUGUUUAUUUUGCAUUGGCUAUCUAGGUCUGCUGGCUGCGGCCGUAGUCAUCUCCUUCCCACUGCUGCCACCUUUUUGGGCAUGACCUUGUCUGGUAUGCUCAUAAUAUUUGGAUCGCUGUCUCCUGAGAGAUGUGCAGACGAUAGUUCAGAGAAUAAAUAUAAUUGAUGUGCUAAGUUGGGAACAUAUUAAGACUAGUAGCAUUAAAGCCCUAUACAGCCUAGGACCCUCGUACCUACGGGACCGCCUCUCCUGGUAUGUCCCACGGAGGACCUUACGGUCUUCAAACAAAAACAUCUUGGAGGUCCCGGGCCACAGAGAGGUUAGGCUGGCCUCAACCAGAGCCAGGGCUUUUUCGGCUGUGGCUCCAAUCUGGUGGAACGCUCUUGUCACAAGAGACUAGGGCCCUGCAGGACUUGACAUCUUUCCGCAGGGCCUGCAAGACAGAGCUGUUCCACCAGGCCUUUGGCAAUCCUCACAGAACUCUAGCCCAAUGGUUGCCAUUAAUCUGAUUUGAACUGAUUUUAUAAUGAAAUGAUUUUAGAAUGUUGUAUUAUUUUACUGUUGUUAGCCGCUCUGAGCCCGGCUUCGGCUGGGGAGGGUGGGAUAUAAAUAAAAAUUUAUUAUUAUUAUUAUGCCUUUUUACAUUGUGGAAGUGAAUUUUUUGUUCACCUGAUCGUGUUUCUGAUUGGUAUGGCAUUCAACGUGGGAAAUUUUUGUAUUUUAUAUUUUGUAAUCUGGAGUCAGCUGCUAUUGUUUGAUCUAAGCAAAACCUGGCUACUCUGAACUGACUCCCUUUCCCACUCCUGCUAGUUGACAUCUUCAGUUAACCAAGCAGAGGGCCUUGUCGGUAGUGGCGCUCGCCCUGUGGAACGCCCUCCCAUCAGAUGUCAAGGAAAUAAGCAACUAUCUGACUUUUCGAAGACAUCUGAAGGCAGCCCUGUUUAGGGAAGUUUUUAAUGUUUGGUGUUUUAUUGUGUUUUUAAUAUUCUGUUGGGAGUCGCUCAGAGUGGCUGGGGAAACCCAGCCAGAUGGGCAGGAUAUAAAUAAUAAAAUUAUUAUUAUUGUUAUUAUUAUUAUUAUUAAGAUACAUGAGAAUUGGGCCUGCAACCUUCAGCUUGCAAAGUGCAUAAUCUGCUACUGAACUACAAUUCUCCAAUUGACCAUUUGGAAUAGCUGCGAUCAGCGUUGGUAUUGGCACAGUGUGGGUCCGUUUUGCAGAUGCUGAGUAUACUGACCAAAAUGCCUGACAGCUGAGAAAAUCCUUUGGCUGGAAGUGCCCUUAGUCAUCUGGAUAGCUCCGUCGGUAGAGCAUGAGGUUCUCAAGGUCGUGGGUUUGAGCCCCACAUUGGGGGGAAAGUUUCCUGCAGGGGGUUGGACUAGAUUGCCCUCGUGGUCCCUUCCAACACUGAUUCCAUUAUAUUAUUAUUAUUUAUGUCAUUAAAAUAUUUAUGUACUGCCUAUUACACUGUCAUCUUAAAGUGGCAUACAACAGUGUCAUAAAAUAUAAUACAAAUGUGAAUUUCUAAAUGCAAUGAUUUGAGGCAUUUCUCUUACCCCCCCCACCCCAAGUCAACUUUAAAUAGCUUACUGCGUUCAUCUUAGCAUGUCAGCAGUGUUAGGGUGUGUGCUUUGUUUUUUCUUAAAUAUGGAUAUUAUAAUCAUCAUCACCAUCAUCAUCUGAAGGCGCGUCUCCACCCCCAUCAUUCUACCUGGACACUGAAAUCCAACGCCGAGGGCCUUCUGGCGGUUCCCUCACUGCAAGAAGCCAAGUUACAGGGAACCAGGCAGAGGGCCUUCUCAGCAGUGGCAUUCGCCCUGUGGAACGCCCUCCCGCCAGAUGUCAAAGAGAACAACAACUACCAGACUUUUAGAAGACAUCUGAAGGCGGCCCUGUUUAGAGACGCUUUUAAUGUUUGAUGAGUUACUGUACAGUGGUACCUCAGGUUACAUACGCUUCAGGUUACAUACGCUUCAGGUUACAGACUCCGCUAACCCAGAAAUAUUACCUUGGGUUAAGAACUUUGCUUCAGGAUGAGAAAAGAAAUUGUGUGGCAGCGGUGCAGCGGCAGCAGGAGGCCCCAUUAGCUAAAGUGGUGCUUCAGGUUAAGAACAGUUUCAGGUUAAGAACAGACCUCUGGAACGAAUUAAGCACAUAACCAGAGGUACCACUGUAUUUUAAUAAUUUGUUGGAAGCCGCCCAGUGUGGCUGGGGAAGUCCAGCCAGAUGGGUGGGGUAUUAAUACUACUAAAUAAAUAAAUAAUAUUUUUUAUUAUUAUUUAUACCCCGCCCAUCUGCCAGGCCUUGUUUGUCCAAGCGCGCCUGUCAAAUAGUCUUUUGGGGGACUGGCCAGCUGCAUUGUUUUCUGUUCAUAGAAUAAAGAUGGGAGGGAACCUAUGGAACAUCUAGCUGAACCCCCUGAAGUUCAGGUAUAUGCACCCAUGUGGGGGAUCAAACCCAUGACCUGGUUAGCAGCACCACACUCUGACCAACUAAGCUAAUAGAUGGUGGAGAAGAGAGCUGCCAAAUGUGCACCUCAAGGGUCACCAGCUCCCGAUCUCCAACUCUGUUCCCCUCACUUGGCUCUGCAAUUUGAUUGAUGGGAAUGAAAGUGUUUCUAAGUUAGUGCGGGAGAUGGUGAAAGGGCAGCUCACAAAUGGUCUGCACUGUCACCUGGAGAGGGCUGCUGUUUGCCUAAUGGCUGGGUGUAUGUAGGAGACUAAAGGGACGCAGGUGGCGCUGUGGUCUAAACUACUGAGCCUCUUGGGCUUGCUGAUCAGAACGUCAGCAGUUCGAAUCCACACGAUGGGGUGAGCUCCUGUUGUUCUGUCCCAGCUCCUGCCAACCUAGCAGUUCGAAAGCACACCAGUGGAAGUAGACAUAUAGGUACCACUGCAGCGGGAAGGUAAACAGCGUUUCCGUGCGCUCUGGUUUCCGUCACAGUGUUCCGUUGCGCCAGAAGCGGUUUAGUCCCGGAAAGCUGUCUGUGGACAAAGGCCAGCUCCCUUGGCCUGAAAGCGAGAUGAGCGCCGCAACCCCAUAGUCCCCUUUGACUGGACUCCUCUUCCACAAAUCUGCAUGUGGGUAAGCUAUAUGAGAUGGUGACAGCACCAGAAUGGAGCUUGAGAGGAGUGACAUGUCUUCCUAGGACAAACUUGUGGGGUCACCUCAUAUAUAAAGCAGCCUAAAGCCCCUGCUCUGGAAAGUUCAUUUAAAGCCUAGAAUAGCAUCACAUGCAGGAGUUUCUCUCUCUCUCUCUCCCCCCUAACCAAUAUAGUGUGUACGGAAUUGCUGUUCUGAUACGCAGGAUGAAUUUAAGUCUGUCAGCCACUCCUCAUAGUGAAUGGAUAGGUCCCUUCAGAUUUCAUGUGUGUUGUUCAUAUUUUUGAAGAUUCCCUCUUGUAAGAAGCAUCUUGCAUGACUAGCUCAUCAGGGGGGACGGGAUGGGGGAACCUCUCUCCCUAAUUUGCUAGUACCCAAGGGAGAGGGGUUUAGCCUAUUAGCCAUCUUAAGUCUUAUCUGCAGUAUGAAAUGCUGUAGCUUAAAAAUCUAAUGUUUAUUUCUGUAUGAUGUGUAUAACCUAAUCAAUAAUCACACUUGGAAGCGCGGUAUAAAUUCUUUCUUUGUCGUGAUGCUUGCAACAACCUUGUGAGGUAGAUCAGUAUUAUUGUGUCUGUAUUGCAGAUGCGAGCAGAGGCUGAGAGAGAGGUUGGCUUGCCUAAGACCGCCUAGUUAGUUCAUAGCAGAGGUGAAUUUGAACCAGGAGCACUUGGAUCCAUAGUUCAGCAUCUUAGCGCAGUAGUAUGCCAGCUCUAAUAUAUGGAUAUGUGGCUUCAUAAGAAGUUUGGGUUCCAGAUUAGGCUACCCUUGAUGUAUGUUUCUGACAUAAGCUAAGCCAGGCAUAGGCAAACUUUGCCCUCUAGAUGUUUUGGGACUACAAUUCCCAUCAUCCCUAGCUAACAGGACCAGUGGUCAGGGAUGAUGGGAGUUGUAGUCCCAAAACAUCUGGAGGGCCGUGUUUGCCUAUGCCUGAGCUAAGCUAAUGGCAUGCUCUGUGCGUUUCCUUAAGCAGACAUUUAAUGAAAUGUCCAAAGGGCCACAAAUUGCUGAUCUGAUCUCAAUUUAGUAUUGAUUUUUGUGUUUUAAAAAUGCACGUUGCCUUAGAAAAUAGCAUCCCUUGAACACUGGGGAUAUACUGUUUGAAUUAAUAGUUGUACAGAAUCUUUGCAACUGCGGAAAUGUAACAUUUAAAAUUGCCGUUUGGCGUAAUCUUCUUCUGCUUGAAAUUGCAAAACCGUAAGGGAAAUACCGUAUCGCUUCAUGACUUCCUUGACUUCCUUCACACAGGGAUGACCAAGAUGGCCAAAAUGAUUGAUGAGCGGCAGCAAGAGUUGACUCACCAGGAACACAGAGUCAUGUUGGUGAACUCCAUGAACACCGUGAAGGAGCUACUGCCGGUUCUUAUUUCUGGUAUUUAUUUUUUUGCUUUUCCACAAGAUUUAAAAGUACUCUGAAAUGCAUUGGCUUGUGUUUGUGCCCGCUUCAUAAAACCACGUAGGAAUAAAGCUGCUCAGGUAAACGCACGUUGAAAGGCUUUUGGAAACGGAAGCUUUCAACGUGCCUUGUAAACCGACUAUGGGUAAGUUAAGCGAGUGGUUUUAUUUGUGGCUGCCUUGGAAGAGAAGGUUGUGCCUCCCAAAUUCUGGCUUGCAUAUUCUGUGCGUCUCCUAUUUAAGCUCUCAGAGCUGAUCUCACUGUGACAUGUGAACUGAUGGGCUAUUUAUAUGUAAUUAUAUCUGUGAUGCUUCUCUGUAACUGAGCACUUUAUUUACGGCCUGAUUCUCAUUGAGGUAGACAGAUUGGUUCCCUCUUUUAAUGAGAACUAAGGAGAAAAGGAUAUAUGCAAUAAUACGUCCUGCUCUGCCAUAGGGUAGGAAACCAUAGGUGCUGCUGCUAUUUUGUAUUUAAAUUACAUGGGCUAUACUCCUCUAUCCCCAAAACCUUCCUUACAAGCAUUACAGUUGCUGUUGGUGGGAAGAGGCCCGUUUAGCUUGAAAAAUAAAUAACAAUCUAGCACUUUGUUUCUCGUUGAAUUGAAAAUGCCUCAAAUUAAACUGGAUGUCAUAGUAACUUUAAUUAGCUUCAAAUCUUUGCUUGCCAGAAUGCCACCGAUUUAAUUUGAACAGUAAUUAUCUCUUCUGCGCAACCCGCCCUCCUUUUCCGCUAUCAGGCUUACAAAGUGACAAAUUUAUCAAAAUGCAAUUACGUUUAGCUGACGCGCCUGGAAGGAAACCGAAUAGAAGCAAAACAUCCUAUAAGAAAGAGAUGGCAACCAAAACUGACUUUAAGUCAUAGCUACCCAGCCCUUGAAACCUUGGAGAGUAGCUAAAGUUUCCGCUGACCGUCUCAGAGAGGCAAAAGAGGGUCUGGCAGGUUAUCUUCCGCAGUGAAUUCCCCCUAGUUUUUAGCGCAGCUCUUGAGAUACAAAGUCAGGGCCAGCCUAACUUCGCAAGCGACCAAACUGGUACAUGUGAUCUGACAUGUGUACCCCAUGACUUCUUCCAGUGCCACAAAGGAUGCUGGGGUGCAAUUCAAGACGUUGGUGAUCUAAAGGUUGCAUCCCCGUAUCCCAUAAAUACUGCAUAGGAUUAGGGAGGCCAUGCCUCUGUGUAGGGCCAGUACUUUGGCUAGCCAUGCAUUCAGUUGGUCCUGCACUGAGUUUAACUCGGUAUUCCGUGCAUUAACUGGGCAGUUUGAGUGAGGCAGAAGCAUCUGGCACUGCACUGCAUGGAUUGACGGCUAGGAUGGACGUCACAAACAAUUCAAGUUUGUCAAACUUAAACAUGCAUUCUUGUUAAGUGCGAUAAACAUAAUGGGAGAUGAUCAUCUACUGCAGAGGUGCACAAACCAGGCUUGUUUUUCAUAAUAAUUUUUAUUAGUUUUCAAUUUUCAAUCCAAUAACAGACUCAUUAUAACAAUACCACUUAUUAUUAUUAUUACAGUGGUGACCCGCAAGACGAAUGCCUCGCAAGACGGAAAACCCGCUAGACGAAAGGGUUUUCCGUUUUUCAAUGCGCUUCGCAGGACGAAUUUCCCUAUGGGCUUGCUUCGCAAGACGAAAAUGUCUUGCGAGUCUUGAGAUUUUUUUUUCGCUUUCCCCCCCCUUUUUCUAAGCCGCUAAGCCUUUAAUAGCCUUUUAGCAGCUAAGCCGCUAAGCCUUUAAUAGCCGCUAAACCGCUAAUAGCGCUAAUCCGCUAAGCCGCUAAUAGGGUUGCUUCGCAAGACGAAAAAACCGCUAGACGAAGAUACUCGCGGAACGGAUUAAUUUCGUCUUGCGAGGCACAACUGUACAAUUAUUAAUACCAAUAGUUCAAAUACCGAAUUAUAUAAUUUAGAAAAGGUGCUAGAAUUGAUGGCUUGAUUAUUCGCUUUAUUUCUGCAUUCCAAAAUCUUACUAAUUUCCAUUACAUUCCGGUCAUCAUAAUAAUCCCUUCUACAACAACUGUGAUAUUAAUAACUUUUAUUCAUGUUGACACGUUAAAUGAUUUAUAAAACUGCAAGUGAGGAACUCAAACUACCCUAUUUUUCGCUCUAUAAGACGCACCAGACCACAAGAUGCACCAAGUUUUUGGAGGAGGAAAACAAGAAAAAAAAUAUUCUGAAUCUCAGAAGCCAGAAAAGCAAGAGGGAUCGCUGUGCAGUGAAAGCAGCAAUCCCUCUUGCUGUUCUGGCUUCUGGGAUAGCUGCGCAGCCUGCAUUUGCUCCAUAAGACGCACACACAUUUCCCCUUACUUUUUAGGAGGGAAAAAGUGAGUCUUAUGGAGCAAAAAAUACGGUAUAUCCUUGUUCUUCCUGUGUGUGGCUCAAACCAGGCUUGUUUGAUCCAUAUAUAUAUAUAUAUUGGUCAGAUUGACAAGGCCUCUACCAACCAGAACCAUGUGCAAAUGCCACAUCAUUAGAACUAAAGGACAGGGCUCCCCCAUGCACGCUGUGAGCUUAAGAAUUUGUUUUCAGAAUCAGAACUGAACUCAUCUCACAGUACUUUCACUCAAAAGUCUAUUCUGGUUAGCUUCCUUCAUUUUAGCAGCCAGAUUUUAGCCGGAAAGAAGUUGCUUUGUUGUUGCUCUUGUCAAAGAGUUUGGCAUCAGGAAGCUUUGACGAUCUGCUGCAAAUCACCCAGAGAUCGACCUGUGUAUCUCUUAUCUGGCUUCUGCUCAUCCCAGAUCUGCUGUGAUCAUAACUUAAUUAUUCUUCCUGGUUUUAGCCAAAGAGGCGUUUUGUACAGCAUAUUGCAUAAUAACCUCCUGAUAGGCUUUUCUGUGUAAUCUUCGCAGCUAUGAAGAUUUUUGUAACAACGAAAAAUUCCAAAAGCCAAGGGAUAGAGGAGGCCUUGAAAAACCGCAACUUUACAGUGGAGAAGAUGAGUGGUGAAAUAAAUGAAAUCAUCCGUGUUCUGCAACUCACGUCCUGGGAUGAAGACGCUUGGGCUAGCAAGGUGGGGUUUUUUGUCCAGUUUCGGAACAGCAUUAGAAUUCUCCAGUCCCAGUUACCGUAACUGGUUUCAAGAAAACAUAAUCCUUACUUGUAACAAGUCACAAGGUGAUGCUCGCUGAUUUGGUGUAAAAUACCUUCUCUAAGAUGGUGUUUAAUAAAUACUUUGUUAGUAACAAGUAAGUUAGCUACAUUAAGAAUAUUACAGCAUUGCUAUGCCUCCUUCAUACAAGCGAAUUGUAUUUGUAUUUUAAUUAUUAUUAUUUAUUAAAAAAAUUGGCAUCCCAUUAGGAGAACCUCAAAUUGUGUGAUACUCCAAGCCAUGGUUUGGAGGAUAUAAAUUGAAAUAUGGGCUUGAGUGUGCCCUGCUCCCUGCCCCUUUGGGUGCAGAUUCCCUCUUUGUUUCCUGUGGAUUAUGUACCGUAUUUUUCGCUCUAUAAGACGCACAGGACCAUAAGACGCACCUAGUUUUUGGAGGAGGAAAACAAGAAAAAAAAUAUUCUGAAUCUCAGAAGCCAGAACAAGAGAGAUCGCUGCGCAGUGAAAGCAGCAACCCCUCUUGCUGUUCUGGCUUCUGGGAUAGCUGCGCAGCCUGCAUUCCGUCCAUAAGACGCACACACAUUUCCCCUUACUUUUUAGGAUGGAAAAAGUGAGUCUUAUAGAGCAAAAAAUACGGUAAUCAUAAUUUGCCAUGAUGUCCAAAUCGACGUAUGCUUAGCACUUGCCCUGCAAACCAGAAUUGGAACCUCCACUUCAGACCCUGAUUUUUUUUAAAAAUUCUUGUUUGGAAAGUUCUAGCCUUAGUUUGCCAGUGCGGACGCCAUGGCAAAGUCUAGUUAGAACUGAACUGGAAUGAAAGAGGGGGGCCCUGUAAGCCUGUGGCUUGUUCAUAACCUGAAUUGAGACACUCUAGUUUUUGUAGCAGCCCAUUGAUUUUCAGUAGCGCUUACUCCCAAGUGACUUGACUCAAUUAAGAUCAAGUUCCUUUGAAAUCAAUGGAACUUACUUUGUAUGUGGUAUGAACUUGGAUAUGUUUGAUGCAAGUAAAUUAUCUGAAAAGACAGUUCCUUUUUUCAUUUUGUAGGAAGAUCAGUUCUUGAAUCGCACACAAAAAGCACCAGAAUUACUUAUAUACUGAAGGAUCCCAAAAGAUAACUUGUUCAGUGACCUUGGAAUGUAGGUGGAGGUGCAAAUAGGAAAUUAUAGUUCCUGGACUUAAUGGUAGAGGGUGGCUCCUUAGAUAGCCAUGCGAAUGUUCCCAUUUCUCCUCUUCCCAUCCUCACUGUCAUUCUUUUCUGUAUACCUGCUUCUACAUUACUCGUGUAUUAGAGCAAAAGACCAAAACAAAAAAACAGUUUGCGAGCCCUGAUAAAAAAGAGAGAGGAAUACCCCGAGAAUGUGCUGCUUCACCUUUUAAACUCACUUAAAUCACCACGACUGCAGGAAUAAACAGAGUUUGCUUUUGUUGCAGCAUGUUAACUGGGGAGAACGAGCACCAUUUUGUGGUUGAAAGGGAAAAUAUAUUCAUAGCUGUCAACAUCUCCCUUUUUUAAAGGGAAAUUCCCUUAUUCCGAAUAGGAUUCCUUGCAAGAAAAGGGAAAAGUUGACAGCUAUGAAUAUAUUUAUAAUAAUAAGUAAUAAAAUGAGCGUCUUUAAACAUGCACUUGUCCACUCAUCUGCCCACCUGCUAUGAAAUGCAAUAGAAGUCCAAGGAAAAGAUGCUGCGAUGGUCAGCAUCGCCUGACCCACGUGUGGACAACAGGGCCUGCUUGCUUCUGCCACUCUGCAAGUGGUUAUUUGGGAGGGGGUUGGCCUGUGGGAGCCAUGGGCUUUGGCCUCAAGGUCUUGCUCUAGCUGCACCACUGAAUGAACGCAGACUAAUCUUCUGCAUCUCCUUAGCUAGUGUUUCCCAAACUUGAGUCCCUGGCUAUUUGUGUACUACAACUCCCAUCAUUCCUGACCACUGGUGCUGCUAGCUAAGGAUGAUGGGAGAUGUAGUCCAACAACAUCUGGGGACCCAUGCUUGCCCUUGACCAUUGGUAAAGAUAAUUGAUUAAGAGAGUCAGCGCAAGUGGGGAGAAGGGGAUAGUACUGUUUUCAGAAGCGUAUAUACCUCCUUGUAAAAUGCAGACUAAGAAUUCCCGUUCUUGCAGUUUUCUCAAUAUCAUUUUAAAAAGCACCUAUGUAGCCAGAGCAGCCGAAGAUGCAGAAUUCUACAUUCCACCGAUCAGAUGCAUUUAACUAGUUUUGCUGGAGGAUGAGAACCCUGAAACAUUUGUAGAUGGGACACGGUGGCAAUGAAAUUGAAAGUGGAGGGUGGACUCCCCCCCCACCCCCCACUGCAGAUCCUUUAGCUCAGUGUUUCUCAACUUUGGGUCCCCAGAUGUUGUUGGACUACAACUCCCAUCAUCCCUGAGCUCUGACCUUGCUAGCUAGGGAUGAUGGGAGUUGUAGUUCAACAACAUCUGGGGACCCAAGGUUGAGUAAGGCUGCUUUAGCUAGAAGGCCAAGUUAGUUAGGAAACCUAAAAGACGGAAUGAUGUUUAGUCCUCCUCUUCCGGAAGUGUAAACUGGGGGUCUGAAGGAAUGUAAAUGGCAACGUACUCUGUUUGAUAGGAAACCGCCUUACAUUGAGUUAGGCCACUGGUCCAUCCAGCUCAUUAGGUCUGUUCUGGCUGACAGAAAGUCUCUGGUUUCCUUUCCAGUCCUUUGUGGAGAUGUCAGGGAUUGAACCCGUGACCAUGUGCAGGACCACCGGUCUGUGGCCCCUUCCCCCCGUUCAAGCAUUUUGAAAUUAAAGUGGGGAGUCUGAGGAUUCUCCUGUCUUCUUCCCCACUGGUGUUUGAGGAAUAGCUAUCUUAUUUGACUUUUCAAAGAUAACAGUGCAGAGCAGGUCGCUUGCAUGUGCGUGCCUGUUGCCUUCCCACGAUGCCUAAACCCAACUUAAAGUCUGAAACCCACUUGAAUCUUAAUCAAAAAAGACGUGUGGUCCUUCUUUUUCUUUUUCUUCCUUUGGAAAUUACAUCGACUUGCCUUUCAAUUGACUGACACUCCUGACUUUGUUGUUGUUGAUAGCUGUGGAGGCAAACCCCUAAGGAACCAUUUACCAAUGUGUUGGGGUUGGGGAUAAAAUCCAUCAUUUCCAAAAGUGGCUGUUGUGGCCUGAGAACUACAACUUUCACAGCCCAUUAGUUUAACUUUAUAUCCAUCACUCUUUUAUUGUGAAGUAAUACUUCGUCUACCUUUCAUGACUCCUUUUGUUUUUCUGUUUCUUUCCUCCGUUUCUAUUAUUCUUUUCUCGCCUUUUAGAAGGUAAGACCCUCUUCCGCAACCCACAACCUCUACCUUUCGUACUAAAACAGAAGAGCAUGGUCAUGAGUUGUUGUUGUCGUGCCGUGUGCAGACUGUGUGCUGUGCAUUUUCCUGUGUGCUGGUUGUGACACUGUACUCACUCCUAAAGUAUUAAGAUUCACUUAAAGCAUUGCCAGCUAGGCUGUGAGGUAUGGAGUUGUUUAUGAGGUGGUGACAGCCACCCCAUACUAUCUCAAGGCGUGCUAAUGUGGAUUUAAUGAUGACAGGCUUCCUGGUGGAUGCGAAAUCUGCCUCUGGGAUUCUUGCUUCUGAAACAUAUAACAAUCUUGAUAACUCGGAGUAGGUGUUUGCAUUGACUCUGCUUUCCCCAAGCAAAGUAAAAGUAAAAAUAAAAAUAAUAAAUUCAGGAAAUGCUUCAGAAAUGCUUUAGCGACAAUUUCAGUUUUGUGAAAGGGAGGUGGCUGUUUGUGAACACUAUAGUGGGACUACCAUGUAACUGGAAACAGCUGGGUUUUAUUUCCCCCCGAAAAGUACCACUACUACUAUUAUCACAGGGAGAUUAGUAUUUAUUAUUCGACUGCUGAUUGUUGUGAACUGAGGAAAGCAGCUGUGUGUGUCCUGGAUAUCAUAUGUAUUCUUACAGGGUUUUUUCCAGAAGGCUUGCUGCAGCAACAAAAACUGUUCAGUUCAGAAUCUGAUAGAGCCACACCCCAAGCCCUAGGAGAUUGUCUGGGUUUCCCGUGGCAUUUGAAAAAUCCUGCCUUGUAUUAAAAAUGGCUGGUAUUUUUCUGCUGAAUGGCUUUCUACCAAUCCACCCCCAUUGUCCAUAUUUGGGUAUUACAAAUACCCCUGUUAGGGGAAACCUACCUUUUUAGGCAUUGGGAGUGGAUGUGGUUUCUAAAAGAGGGGAAGAGUUCAUCCAGCGAUAUCAGAAUGGGUUCAAAGAGAGCAUAUUGUGUAAGAAGCACCUUUGAAAUAGGGGCAUCUUCUGAAAUGGAAAGGCUUUCAGAUGGAAAGAUGCUCAAGAACAAUCCUGACUGUAGCUCCCCUUUCCUGUUUAGUAAGCUCCCCCUGCCCCCCCCCCGAAAUACCUGCUGGCAUUUAGAAUUCAUUCUGAUAUAUAUUUAUCGCCAAGGUACUAACUCAACCGAUAGAUCUUUCAGAAUGAGAGCUUUCGUACUCUGCACUGGGAGCUGCUGUGGAGAACAAAGGAAUCUAUUCCUGGGCUUUAUACCUUUUUAGAAGGAAAAUGUUGACUAGCCAGAAAAAUCCACCCACACCUUUCAACUAUUAAGCUGCAAACUAGGAGCUCAAUAUGGAGUUUUCCCUUGUCUUGUCUGCCAUUGAAUGGCUUGUAUUCAUGGACCAAUAUCCCCCAUAGGGCAGCCGUGGGGCUUCUUCUGCACAUACUGGAUUGCAGCCAAUAUUUCUCUGUGCAGGGUUAUAAUAUUUAAUGCUAAGCUUUGCUGCUAUAGAUUACCUGUCAGUGAUGUAAUUUCCUGAUCUGUCAGAGAGCAGACUAAGAAGGUUGCUGUUUAUUCUCUCAUUGCCUUGCUUUUCCCCCAUCCACACCUAAGACUCAGUGGGACUUGCUGCUGAACAGUCAAGUAUGUGGUUGCACUGUAAGACAACUAACAGAUUUUCUUUUGCACGGUUAUGCGAACAUUUGUCUGACCAUUUGAAAGGAAUUCUACUUGAAGUUUUCUACUUGCAGCCAAAGCCAAAAGCACAUAUAGUCGUACCUUGGUUUUCGAACGUAAUCCAUUCCGGAAGUCCAUUCAAAUUCCAAAAAUGUUCAAAAACCAAGGCACGACUUUCGAUUGGAUGCAGGAGCUUCCUGUACUCAAUCAGAAGCUGCGGAAGCUACAUCUGACAUUCGGCUUGCAAAAAACAUUCACAGACUGGAACACUUACUUCAGGGUUUGCGGCAUUCGGGAGCCAAAAUGUAUGAGUACCAAGGUGUUUGAGAACCAAGGUACGACUGUAUUGCUAAGAUUGUACCAUUGCAGAAUGCAGGUGGGUGUAGGUUGAAAUAUUCUCCCAUGUCACAUAAACCCAUACCCUCCAAAAAAUUCCCAAUGAAAAUAAGGACACCCUAUUCAAUUAAUAGCUGUGGAUUAAACCACAGAGCCUAGGGCUUGCCGAUCAGAAGGUCGGCGGUUCGAAUCCCUGCGGCGGGGUGAGCUCCCAUUGCUCGGUCCCUGCUCCUGCCAACCUAUUAGUUCGAAAGCACAACAGUGCAAGUAGAUAAAUAGGUACCGCUCCGGCAGGAAGGUAAACGGCGUUUCCGUGCACUGCUCUGGUUCGCCAGAAGCGGCUUAGUCAUGCUGGCCACAUGACCCGGAAGCUGUACGCCGGCUCCAUUGGCCAAUACAGCAAGAUGAGCGCUGCAACCCCAGAGUCAGUCAUGACUGGACCUAAUGGUCAGGGGUCCCUUUACCUUUAUUUAAUAAUAAUAAUAAUUAGUUUGUGCUCCUUUUGUCUUGGGGGGGUGUAAUUUGAAAUUUGAAGACAGGGGAACGAUACUGUGCUUUUUCUCUCUGUGUGAUUCUAUUCUGAUUAGUUCCCAGAGAGAAAAUCCCCGAGCUGCAAACGGAAUACCUUCUUCAGAUUAAUCCUUGUUGCCCUUUUGAUUUUAACCUGUAACCAUCUAGAUGCUGUGUAGUGUCUUAUGAGCAGACUCCAUGGGUUUACCCCUCCCUCCCAUUUUAGUCUGCAGUAUGUGAAUUAGAUUCCUAGAAAGCGUUCCGCUCUAGUUGGCUGUAUGCUCUCCAAAGAUUCUGGUACCAAGAGACGUUAGAGAGCCUAUACGUGGUGACUGACUUAGCAGUUGUGUCAGAAAGUUGGGUUUGGUGUGUUCCUUUGAGCAUUGCCUUUUUUGGUAAUGAAAUGCAGAUAAGGCUCAGGCUCUCCAGACUAUAUCACUUCAUAGAUAUUAUGCUGGCAAGUCAUCUGUAUAAAGGGGCCAUAUUAUUUUGCAUCAAGUGAGAGCUUGAAAGAUCAGUAAUGUUGGCUUUACCUGAAAACUUGCUUCUCUGCCAUGGCACAGGGAAAGGGUCCUUGCAACUCCUUCCUCCUCAGCAUGAACCAACACAAACUUGGGCAGACCUUUCAGAUUAGGCCGCUUCCCCUCCGAUAUCGGCUAAGAAUUCCUGAAGCAUCUCUAAUACCUGCGGACGACAAGCUACACACCGCCAAGCACCUAUGGAGCAUAAGUUUCAGAUAUAGCUUCUGUUGCUGCGGAGGUGGUGAUGGAGAAUCACCUUCACCUGCAUGUUGGCUCAUGCAGUGGAAAGCACCUGAGGUGCAUUGUAAGAGGGGUCCAUGUCCUUGGCUUUGGAGGAGGACCAGUCUGGGAAACAGAGUGAACCCCUGGCCAGCCAGUUCCUUAGAGGAAUAGUUGCAUUUUCUAAGCAAUUAGAAACCAAUCAAUCUUUUACAUUCCUCCUUUGAUCGUACUACCUACUUCCAAAGGCUCUUUUCCUGUGAAACAAGUAUGUUAAAGCUGCAUUUCUUGCUAUUGUUGCUUGCAGUAUAUAUCAUAUUGCUGAUCUUGCCCAGGCAUGAGUCUGUCUGUGAAUUGUUUGCUUGUCACUUCGGGUUGCCUUGGGCAAGAUAAAGCAACUAACUAACCAGUGGCAUUGGGGGGAGGGGGGCACAGACCAGGAAGUGACAACGGAAGGACUCUUCUUUUCUUAUCUCUGUGGCUGCGAUCUCCUGGGUGAUAUUGUUAGGUAGUUGAAUGCGCAUGCGUACUCCAUCCAUUUCUCUCCCACCCACCUCUACCUCUGCGUGGCCCGGGGAGUUGGCAAACCAUGCUACGACACUGUAACUAACUGAGAGAUAAUACAGUGGUACCUCGGGUUACAUAAACUUCAGGUUACACACUCCGCUAACCUAGAAAUAGUGCUUCAGGUUAAGAACUUUGCUUCAGGAUAAGAACAGAAAUCGGGCUCUGGCAGUGCAGCGGCAGCAGGAGGCCCCAUUAGCUAAAGUGGUGCUUCAGGUUAAGAACAGUUUCAGGUUAAGUAUGGACCUCCAGAACGAAUUAAGGACUUAACCCGAGGUACCACUGUAUAGUAAGAAGCAGAAGAUUUGGGGUUUUUUGGAAAGCUUAUAAUGUGACGUUGCAGUUCAUAAGUAAUCAGUUAGUUAUGAUUCUGCAAAAUGAGCCUCUGAAUAUUUUUGUAAAUUUAUUUGUGUAUUUUAGGGGAUUUUAAAUGUAAUCAGUAUGAACUGUAUGAAUUAGAAGGAUGAAUGGAAGCUGGAAAUAAAGGUGAGCUUGAUGAGAUUGCAAAAAAAGGAAAAUAGGAAAUAAAUAGGAAUUUGUUUUAAGCGAAACAUCAGUCUUCAAAAAAUAACGCUUCUUGGAAGAUAUGUCAUAUUCUAGGUCAGAGGUGCCCAUUUCCCUAGAAGUACCCUGAUAACUCCUGUGGUCACAUCUGUAAUUGUGAUGUCGGUCUACUUGUCAUAUAUCAAGAAACAGAGGGAGUGGAAUAUGAGAACUCUGGGGACAGGGGUAUUUUGGGGCAAAAACUUCUGUCGCACCCGUGGGAGCAGUAAGAAUCUUCCACCACUUCCCCAUCUCCACCCACCCAUCUGUGCUACUUGGCUGGCCAUCUGGUUAGACCAAGCCGCCAUAUAACUAUUAUCGCUGCAGAGCAUAUGUGAAUGUGUAUGACUGAGAGUGCCUGAAUGGAUGAAUUAAUAAAUCCUUUUUUAAAAAAAAACGCACCUGGUAACAUGGCCUUGACACCUGUGCUUUCCUCCUCCGAACCUGGGUUGCAUCCAUGACACCUGUGUUAGAUUACAGCAAACUGGAGCUAUUCCACUCUCCUAGCGGGCGUCGAAAAAUGGAGAAUGCAUGCAGAGAAUUGUGUGGUGGUUUCAUUAUUCUUUUUUUAAGAUUAAAUAUUUAACAUUUAGGGUAGUUCUGAAAAGCCCAUACCUCAUUCUGGAGUUGGUGUUCGCUUGGGAAAUAAAACCUUAAAACAAUGCAUGCUGCGGCCUUCUGCAUUUUGAGUGACAGGAAUGUGUCUGAUACUUAACAUUAAGCUGUUGGUUCUUCCGCGAGUUGUGCUUCACUUUGUGUUUCUGCCGUUGCUCCCAUACUUGCAUUUUGUGGGACAUAAUUAAGAUAAUCUGCCUUUCCUCCCCUCUUUCUAAAAGGAUACAGAAGCUAUGAAGAGAGCAUUGGCCUUAAUAGAUUCCAAGAUGAACCAAGCCAAGGGCUGGCUUAGAGACCCCAACGCUCCAGCAGGUAACUUUAAGUCCUUGCUGCUUUUGAUCAAAAUUGGACCCACACUUAGGAUGGGAAGGCAAAAAUUCUGUACUGAGGACAAUUCUGUACCAAGAAUAUGCAAUUUGCAUAAAUCAAGCCCUUCGUCCCCCAUCCAAUAUACACCAAGCUUAUUUUUAUUUUUCCAUAGCAUAUUUUGCUCUUGUAAAUAGUUGGGAAGGGCAAAGAGCUAUCCGGGACAUGGAAGAGCCAUCCCUGGAAAUACUCCUUAGCUCUGUCCUCUCCCCAACCUUUGAGUAACUGGCAUGGCCUACACUCUCUUGAGCCUGAAUUUGAAGUCCUGUGUGUCACCUUUUUAAACAGCUAGCACUCUUAGCACUGUUAUUGAUAUGUACUGAAGUUCUCACCCUGGGCCAGCAGGGGGAUACUGUAGAUAGUUUUCACUCAGGUCCACAUAUGCAAAUAAGGGAUUGAAAGUGACGUUCAAUGAUUGGAUAGUUACAGAAAGUGUUACAGUUGCGUUGUAGUGGAGCUCUAUAUAAGCAGGCUGGCUGAAUCCUUCAGUUCAGUUCUGUUCUAGCCCGUGAAUAAACAAGAGCUGUUUGAAGAAUCGCCGUGUCGUCUGAUAUGUUCACCCACAACUUAACAGUUAUUAUCAUUAAAAUGAAAGCUGAGAUUCUUGGGAUGCUGAACAACAAGCUGUAAGCUAGUCUGUGAUGUGAUAACUCAGUUACAGCAUUACUGUGGUACUCCAAAUGGAAGCUCUUAAGACACUGUUCUUUCAAAUAUUAAUGCAAAACAAAUUGAUUCUAUGCUAAGUGGUUUGGAAAGCUUUGCUUAUCUUACCAUCCAAAUUAUUUAGUUCGGAACCCUUUCCAAAUUAGUAUUCUGGUACAGCUGCUCUUCUUGGAAAGAUGUCGCAUAUUUAUUACCGUACUAGCAGAGCUCUGCUGUUCCAAAAUGUGUCCUACAUUAAAAUAAGCAUACAAGGGUGGAACAGUGGAACUGAUAAAAUUUAAUGCUGCCUCUGCAUCUUGACUUGGUUAUGUUGGCUCUCGAGAGCAUGGAUCAGAUUUUGCAUCUGUAUUUUAUUCACUGGAACCCGUAAGAAAAGCCUAUAAAAGUGCAGUGUAUAUGUCAUACCGUCAUGAGUUAACUUCAUGAAACGUUGCUGGAUUUGGAUUGUGAAGAAUCUUGUUUAUUUUCCUUUCCACAUAUAAAGUAAAGAUGUUGCUUUGGACAGGAGAUCAAACUAAACUGGAAGUUUUCUUAUACUAUGUAUACUUUAUGGCCCGGGUACUUUUCACAUGCUCUGAACCUGUGUUUCCCCAACUUGGGCCUCCAGCUCUUUUUGGACUACAACUCCCAUCAUCCCUAGAUAGCCAAGUCAGGGAUGAUGGGAGUUGUAGUCCAAAAACAGCUGGAGACCCUGCUCUAAAGCAAAGGUAGCUAACCUGUGGCCUUCAAGGUGCUGUUGGACUUCAGCUCCCAUCAGCUCUAGCCAGCAUGACCAAUCAAGGUUGGCCCAAGACAUUUUGCUACCCAAAGCAAAGGAUGGCAUGGUGCCCCAGUCCCAUGGCAUAUACCAAAGCUCGUCAGACUGGUAGACUUGUACUUCCAAGACAGGCAAUGGAACAGCAUAUUUCACAACACUGGGAGGCAGCAGGAAAACCUAAGGCGUGCAGGACAGGGUACGUGGCAUACACAGCUGUGUUCUCCAAUGCCACACUGCUGCUGUCUCCCCGCCAGUUGCCCAGUUCUACCCAAUGGUAGCGCCACACCUGUGGCUGACAGUCAGGGAUGCUGGGAGAUGUAGUCUAACAACAUCUGGAGGACCUCCAGGAGAUGGCGCUAUCACAGUUGUAAAGAUUGCUGUACAUGCCGAAGAACAGAAACACAGGGAAAUUUUUGAAAAGUGUAUGUGUCAUUCUUUCUCUAAAAUUAUGCAGGAGAAAAAUAACUCCCACUUUAGUCUUAGCAUUGAAAUUAAUUGGGUUCUAGUGGCGUGCAUUAUACCUAAUCCGCUGAAAUGAUAUGCCUAUUUCUACAACAACGUUACCCUGCUGCAAGUACGCUGUUAUAUUACGACGGAUUAUAUUUCUUGUACAACACAUUCAGUAAUUUUCUCCGGUGUGAAUAAUGCAUGAGUCUUCAUUGUCUGCAUUCCCACAUUCUUGCUUCCUAGGAGACUCUGGCGAGCAAGCCAUAAGGCAGAUCCUGGAUGAAGCAGGGAAAGUUGGAGAGCUCUGUGCAGGCAAAGAACGCAGAGAGAUUCUAGGAACCUGUAAAAUGCUUGGCCAAUUGACUGACCAAGUGGCUGAUCUUCGAGCUAGGUAAACAUAUUCUCGCUAACUAAAUACGUUUAACCCUGGGACUAUGAAAUAGCAAUCCUGCCGUUCUAAGAAAGCAACACAAAAGAUAAAUUAAAUGUCUUUAUUUUGCCAACAUACUAAUAGUGGUGGACAUCAUGUUUCUGUGCGUUGUCUCUGCCCUGCAUUCUGCCCCACCUGCCUCCAUAAUUUUCAUGGAGGAUUCCUGUAAUUCAGUUCAUGCACAGUUUUGUCUUGCCAAAGCUUUCUUUUUUUUUUCUUUUCUUUUUUUUAUUCAAAAUUAUAACAAGACAUAUUAUCCAAAAACAUAUCAUCCUUAUUUCCCCCCCAUUUUUCCUCCCUCCCCCUCCCCCUCCCACACAGAACCCACCCCCCACCCCACCCCCGACUUCCCUCAGUUCCAGUCUUUGGUUUCUCUAAUAAUGCUGUUUUCUGCAUGUUACAAAGUUGUAUAGAUCCUAUUAUCAGUAAAAAAAUUGUGAAUGUUUAUUCAAAACCUGCCAAGGAGUCCAGUUCACUUUGUUGCGUCUUCAGAUACUUUGUAAAAGGUUUCCAUUCAUCCUUAAAAUCACAGUUAUCCUUGUCCCGUAGCUUAUAUGUCAAUUUUGCCAGUUCUGCAUAGUCCAUCAAUUUUUCUUGCCAUGAUUCUUUAGUUGGGGUUUCUUCAGUCUUCCAUCCUUGUGCUACCAGAACUCUCACGGCCGUUGUCGCAUACAUGAAGAUGUUUUUCAACUUUUUUGGCAGGUCUUUCCCUACAAUCCCCAACAAAAAUGCCUCGGGUUUUUAAACAAAUGUUAAAUGGAACAUUUUCUUCAAUUCGUUGUAUAUCAUUUCCCAAAUAUUUUUAAUUACCUUACAAUCCCACCACAUAUGAUAAAAUGUUCCCUCCUUUUCCUUACACUUCCAACAUAUAUUUGAACUAGUUUUGUACAUUUUCCCUAACUGCACUGGUGUUGUGUACCAUCUGUACAUCAUCUUCUUGUCUUGCCAAAGCUUUCUGUUCCUUUUGUGCUAUUUCUUCCUCCACUCCUUCAGGAAACCCAAAUGCACAAGUGAUUGUGGGUUGAAUCCACCUAAGGCAUAUUCAGUUGCAGAAAUCAGUGGAUGUAACAAAUUGAAACCUAUUUGACUUCAGUGGGGCUACAUUGCUGUGUUGAUUACAACCUUCUGCGUAUUAAAACACCGAGCAGUUGUUGUUUUGUUCUUCUUUUAAAUAAUGUGAUCUGAUUCAUUAUCACAUCAACAUCCCUAUUGGUUAUUUGGAAGAUCUCAUGUUUGCCAAUGUUGACUUGGGUGUGCAUGGUCUCCCGUUUAUUUAAAGGAGCAUAGACCUUCCCCAGUUUUAAAGGGAAGUGCUUAUGUGCACAUUCUUCCAUUUAAAAAUAAAGAUGGCUUUGAGUUGGGGAGAAGUGGCUGAAUCGUGUAGGUGCCCCCUUAUCUGGCCCUUAAUGCUUAUUUAGUUCCUCAUUUAAGGGCCUCUCUGUUUUGAUUUCACAUUUGCAUUCUAGUUCUGAUCUUAACUACACUCUGGGAUACAUGAAUUUUCACAUGACUUGCUAGCCUUCUGUCGUUUCUGGUUGCCACUGAACCCUCUCCUCCACCUGGUGUACUGUGUCUGCCAGAAAACUCAGGAAAGAGCAGGGUUUUAAAAAAUUAUUAUGCAACUUGGAGCUGGCAGAAGCGGCAUGAGCAUUAUGCUCAUUUAAUGUCACGCUGAGAACCUUUCAGGGGGACUUGUCGUUGAUGAACUGAUGAGUGGAUUUAUGGAGGCCUGAUUGUACUGCCUAGAAAAAAUACACUUAUGCUUUCACAUCUGGAUUGGAGAAUGGAUCCCGGAGUCUUCAAAACUUGCUUUCCAAUUAAGCCAAAGCAAUUUUAACAGUUCAACAUGCAUGAAAUGCUUCCUUUGAAUUUUAGCAUUAUUGGCAGCAAAUGGGCAGCUUUCACUGAGUGGUUUAUUAAUCAGCAUUGUGACAGCACACAAAGUACGUUGUCCUCCGCAAAUUUCAUUGCAGCAAGGAAAAGAGAACAAAGUGCAGUCUGAAAUGAACGGAUUGUAGUCUGAAAGGUGGUUCAGGCAGGAGUAACACCAAUUCCCUGCCCCGGGCAUUGAGGCCCCCAGCUUUCAGGGGUAGAGACAACUUCCCUCCAUCUUUGCAGUUCUUGCUUGCAUCCUACAAUACUACUUCUUAUAUAAAUCAGCAGCAACUACUGAGCUAUUGGGAUGCAGGUGGCGCUGUGGUCUAAACCACUGAGCCUCUUGGGAUUGUCGAUCUGAAGGUCAGAGGUUCGAAUCCCUGCGACAGAGUGAGCUCCCAUUGCUCGGUCCCUGCUCCUGCCAACCUAGCAGUUCAAAAGCAUGUGAAAAAUGCAAGUAGAUAAAUAGGUACCGCUCUGGCAGGAAGGUAAACAGCGUUUCCAUGCGCUGCUCUGGUUUUGCCAGAAGCGGCUCAGUCAUGCUGGCUACAUGACCCGGAAAAACUGUCUGUGGACAAACACUGGCUCCCUUGGCCUGUAAAGUGAGAUGAGUGCCACAACCCCAGUGUCUGCGACUGGACUUGACUUAACUGUCAGGGGUCCUUUACCUUUACUGAGCUAUUAUAUGGGAUUAGUUAAGUCAAUAGGCUAUAACUGCAAGAGUGUGUUGGGUUUUACAUGCCUUUCUUUCCCCUUGAACAGAGGACAAGGUGCUACACCGCUAGCCUUGCAGAAGGCUCAGCAAGUGUCCCAAGGCUUGGAUUUACUCACAGCAAAAGUGGAAAAUGCAGCUCGCAAGCUGGAGGCUAUGACCAACUCUAAGCAGGCAAUUGCAAAGAAAAUUGAUGCCGCUCAGGUAAUCGCAGUCCAAAUGAUCCCUCCCAGUUCCGCUGAACCGCGAUGGGUCCUGGCAAACUAGCAUACAGGUUAAUUCUUACAUUGAGUCCUCCUUCAGUUGUUUCACGCCAGUCAAUCUCUGGAAUGGGUUUCAAAUUGCUUUGCCUUAAUCAUUUUUAAAUACGCUGUUGCUUUCUAUGCAUUUUGCAUUUGCAGCAGAUUUAUAUGCGUCUUGUAUUGUUUUGUGAUGCUUCAUAGGAAGCGAAUCAAUAUUAAUAAUAUAAUUUGGAUUUCUUCUAGCCAGGGCAUCCUAUUUUGUUUCAGCCGUUGCAGUUAUUUGACUUUAAAGGGAGGACAGGGAAUCAGCUCCCAUCAGACCCAGCUAGCCCCAUGGCCAGUGGUGAGGAGCCGAUGGGGCUUUGUAGUCCAACAUCUUCGGCAGUGCAAUGUGUUCCUCAUACCUGCUUUAAAGACUGUCCACCAAUGGCUCUCAGAUAAGGGCUUCCUCUUGCAGUACUUUGAAAGGCUUGGGCACAUUCUUGCAAGUCGUACCCUUCAUCUUUCUUGAAGAGUAGCUGUUUGUGGAGCAAGACUCCUGUUCUGGCGUUCACAUGUCAAGGUGGAAGAGAGAAAAGGGGAGUGUUCUAGCAUGACAUUUUUAAGGUCUCUUCCUGCAAAGGUGUGACUUUCAAGGAUGCACUUCUGUUUCAGAAAUAAUAAUAAUAAUAAUAAUUUCAUUAUUUAUGCCUUGCCCAUCUGGCUGGGUUUCCUCAGCCACUCUGGGCUGCUCCCAACAGAAUAGUAAAAACAUGAUCAAACAUUAAAAACUUCCCUAAACAGGGUUACCUUCAGAUAUCUUCUAGAAAUCAGAUAGUUGCUUAUUUCCUUGACAUCUGAUGGGUGCCACUACUGAGAAGGCCCUCUGCCUGGUUCCUUGUAACCUCACUUCUCACAGUGAGGGAACUGCCAGAAGUCCCUUAGAGCUGGACCUCAGUGUCCGAGCUGAACGAUGGGGGUGGAGAUGCUCCUUCAGGUAUACUGGGCCGAGGCCAUAUUUCAGCUUUGUUAAUCUUGUCCUCCCAUAUCUUUUUAAAACUCAAACAAAAUCUUACUUACUUUUUUUAAAAGAAAAAGAACAUCAAUAUAUUUAUUUCAACCUAGCUAAAUUUGAGGUGUACGAUAGCAUUUCAGACUAUUGCACCACAAAAGGUUCAAAUACUGUAAGUGGAUCUUUGUGCGUCAACAUGUUCUUUUUACAUCAAGAGCUGGCUGGCAGAUCCUCAUGGGGGAAGCGAAGGAGAGGAACACAUUCGAGGCAUUAUGGCUGAAGCCAGGAAAAUUGCAGAGCUCUGCGAGGACCCCAAAGAGCGAGACGACAUUUUGCGGUCCCUCGGAGAAAUCUCGGCGCUGACUGCUAAGUUGUCGGACCUCCGGAAACAGUAAGUAUUGACAUGAGCAUGGCUGCUUCCAUGUAAGUUCCAUUGGUCUUAAGUCUCAUGGACUCUGUAGUUUGCUUUGUGCGUUUAUGACUGGCUAGCAGUAUGGCUGUAUGGCUGUCCCAUUAGCUUCUGUUGGCGAAGGAAAGCGUUCUCUUGGCAUGUCCACACCAGAGACUGGAACUAGUUCAGUGGCCAUUUCCUCUUCCCACACAACUAUGGGAAUCAUUGUUUUUGUAGCUAUGAUUUAUUACAUUUCUAUACUGCCCUUCAACCCUUCAAUCAUCGUUUUUGUAGCUAUGAUUUGUAUACCGCCCUUCAUCCGAAGAUCACAGGGCAAUUUGCAAUAAAACAGAAAGAAUACAUACCAUAACAAAAACAACACCUGCCAGAGAUCGUUCAGUUAGUCAAAGGCCUGGGGGAAGAGGAAUGUUUUUGCCUAAAGAGAUGUAGCAAAGGUGCCAGGCAAGUCUCCCUGGGGAGAGCAUUCCACAAGUGCGGGGCCACCACAGAAAAGGCUUGCUCUUGUGUUGCUGCCCUCCAGACUUCUAGCAUAGGAGGUGCAUGAAAAGCGCCCUCAAAUGAUGAUCGUAGUGUCCAGCUCGGUUUAGGAUGUGUGUGCAACGGAUCUCUCAACAGAAUUCUCUGCACUUUGCCCAACUACCAUACCCCAGGAUUAUUUGGAAGAAGCCUUGGCGGGUGGCGCUGUGGGUUAAACCACAGAGCCUAGGACUUGCUGAUCAGAAGGUCGGCGGUUUGAAUCCCCGCAACGGGGUGAGCUCCCGUUGUUCGGUUCCUGCUCCUGUCAACCUAGCAGUUCGAAAGCACGUCAAAGUGCAAGUAGAUAAAUAGGUACCACUCCGGUGCGAAGGCAAAUGGCGUUUCCGUGCGCUACUCUAGUUCGCCAGAAGCGCCUUAGUCAUGCUGGCCACAUGACCCGGAAGCUGUACGCCGGCUCCCACGGCCAAUAAAGCGAGAUGAGCACCGCAACCCCAGAGUUGGCCACGACUGGACCUAAUGGUCAGGGGUCCCUUUACCUUUAAGUGACAUGCAUUUGUAGUGUUGCUAGGGCCCCAGUAUUUUUAAAUGUGUCGGAAAUGGUCUUCAAUGAAGAAUUUCACUUGGUGUUGUUAGUUGAACUUUCCUUGCCGGAAUUGCUUUCAUUCAUUAAGCUACUUGCUUUCCUUUUUUAAAGAUUGCCUUGACUCAUCCUUUGUGAAAAUGCAGACCACAGUGCUUUGUUGAAUGCAGUUAAGCGUAGUAAAUAGCAUAUUCACAGCUACGAUACGUAAACGUCUUAUUAACAGAAACCAACCUACUUUUUGAACUGAUUUUAAUGAGGUUUCCUUAACAGAUUUUUCUUCUUCUCUGCAGUGGAAAGGGGGAUUCUCCCGAAGCCCGUGCAUUAGCAAAGCAAAUAGCGACAUCGCUGCAGAAUUUGCAGUCUAAAACCAACAGGGCUGUUGCAAACAGCAGGCCUGCCAAGGCUGCUGUCCACCUAGAAGGGAAGAUUGAGCAAGCUCAGAGAUGGAUAGACAACCCUACAGUUGAUGACCGUGGAGUAGGUGAGUGUUUUAAUUUUUCUGUGCGUGUGAACAUGAACUCAGGUGGGAGUUGAGGUCCACCUAGUGGCUCAAUGCAAAAUCGCUGCUCCAACAAUCAUUUCCAACAAUCCCUCCCUCUCCUUUGGAACCGGCAGCUCUCUAUUCUGGGAAGCCAAAGAACCAGAGAAUUAUCAAGUUGGAAGAGGGACCACAAGGGAAGCUUUAAUGUUUGAUGUUAUAUCUCUUUAUUAUUAAUAAUCUGUUGGGAGCCGCCCACAGUGGCUGGGGAAAUAUUAUAAUAUAGGGUCAUCUAAUCUGCAAUGCAGGAAUCUCAAUCAAGGAAAAUCCAGGAGCGAGGACAGCAGAAGCCAACAAAAUAACAAAGAACAACCUCUGCUAAACAUAAGAUAACAAAUAAAUGAUCGGGAAUCUUAGGCAAACUGGAGAAUGAGUAAUUGAAAACAACGGGCAGCCCAAAAUAAAAAUCUAUAUAGCACCAUGAGGCCAUCUUUUUUUUAACCUGCACAGAAAUCCCCUUCACAAGUGGUCUUUUCUCUGUGAUGACUUCAGGUGGGACAUCCCAAAGCCGACUCGUAUAAGCCCGGAAAACUACAGAGAAAAUAGGGCUGCCUAGUUAUUAGGGAGGACGUGUUGCAGCAUGGUAGCAUUUCAGAGUACCUAGGGGAAGGUAGUGAUUAUGCUGGCACUAAAGCUUAACAAUGGCAACUCUGCUUUACUUUCGAGAGUGGUUGUCAGGCUUCAGGGACUUGGUUCCCGCCCCCCCCCCCUUUGGCCAUAGAUAAGCAGGACAAAGCGAAAAGAGUCGCUUACCAUUUAAAGAGAUUUUAAUGAUCACAGCAAAAGAACAAAGCAGCCAUUCUCGGAAUGAUGGUGUUCCCAGUUAAGGUUUCCACCCACUUCCCUCCUAGUCACUUCUGUGCCUUGCAACCUGAUUUCACAACCACUGUGCUUUUUGUGUAGCCACCUUAUCUACUCUACGUGACCUUGGACUGAUAGGCUGGACACUCUCCAGCGAGAGAGAGUCUGUUAGCUCUCUUUCUCUCCCAGUUCUUCUUCACUUUGCUGUUCAACCGCCAGUUUGUCUUCAGAACUGUGCCCCUCUGCAAACCAUUGUUCCAAAUCUAUACUGUUUCACUGCUCCUGGGCAGCUUCAGGAGCCUGGUCAGGAGCAGGGGGAGGCUCCCACCAUUCCUCAUCAAAGCAGUACUCCUCAGCCUGAUCUCUUGACAGUGGUGGCACUACUGUUCUAAUUUCUCUUGCUCCAUAAAUUAAGCAAGAUGAAUCACUUUCAAUGCAGGUCAGGCUGCCAUCCGGGGUCUUGUGGCCGAAGGUCGCCGUCUUGCCAAUGUCAUGCUGGGACCUUAUCGCCAGGACCUGCUCGCCAAAUGUGACCGUGUGGAACAGCUGGCUGCCCAGUUAGCUGACCUGGCAGCACGAGGCGAAGGGGAAUCUCCUCAAGCCAAGGCAAUUGCUGCCCAGCUGCAGGACUCAUUGAAGGUAAAUAAAAACAGUAUUUGAAAAGAGAAGGAAGAGCUCAUGUCGGACAGUGUGUUGCCAGUCUAUAUGCGUUAACUAACAAAGCCAGAGAAUCUUCCUGUUCAAGCUACUGGUCUUUGCAACAUAGAUUAUAGACAUAAAUGCUUUGGACACAAUCUACAUUCUUUUGCUGCUGUGCAUCCUCCAUUAAUUUAACUUAAUUCCAAUUAAUUCCAAUUCCAAUUACCCCUACCACCCAUUGCUGGCCAUUUCCUGACGGAAGUGACGUUUGGCAGUUUGGGGCAUAGAGCUCCUCACAGAACUCUUGUGGAUUGGGCCCAGUUCUUGCUCAAUAAAAGCUAAAGGAUCCCUGGACAGUUAAGUCCAUUCAAAGGCGACUAUGGGGUUAUGGCACACAUCUCGAUUUAAGGCCAAGGGAGCCGGCGUUUGCCCACAGACAGCUUUUCAGGUCAUGUGGCCAGCAUGACUAAACCGCUUCUGGCGCAACGGGACACCGUGAUGGAAACCAGAGUGCACAGAAAUGCCGUUUACCUUCCCGCCACAGCUUUGCCUAUUCACUUGCACUGGCGUGCUUUCGAACUGCUAGGUUGGCAGGAGCUGGAACAGAGCAACGGGAGCUCACUCCAUCGUGGGAUUCGAACUACCGACUUUCUGAUCAGCAAGCCCAAGAGCAGGCUUCCUCAAACUUGGCCCUCCAGAUGUUUUGAGACUGCAGUUCCCAUCAUCCCUGACCACUGGUACUGUUAGCUGGGGAUCAUGGGAGUUGUAGGCCAAAAACAUGUGGAGGGCGAAGUUUGAGGAAACCUGCCCAAGAGGCUCAGUCAUUUAGACCACAGCACUAGUGUGGAGCCAUGUUGGUCUUGCUCCACGUCAGCCACCUCACAUUCUUAAUAGCAACCUCCCUUCUUUCCUAGCUUUGCUUUUUUAGUGUUCUGGGUUAGGGAUAUAGACUAAAAAUCUAGCUAGAUGGUGAAUUGGGAGUGGGGCGUCAGGGGCCCUACUGUCACGGUCCUUCUCACGGUCCAUCUCUGAAGGUCUCCUAUCUGUUUGUAACUUCAGCUUUAUGGCUGAGCCUUGUUUGAACCUAGGCUGUCCAUAUUCAGAUCCAGCGUUUUACUUUUGCACUGCACUUCAUCAUGGCAAACCCAUUUCUGUGUUUUGACACGGAGCGUUUGCAUUCCUAUUAAGGAUCUGAAAUCAAGGAUGCAAGAAGCCAUGACCCAGGAAGUAUCUGAUGUGUUCAGCGACACAACAACACCAAUCAAACUGUUGGCAGUAGCGGCUACUGCUCCUCCAGACGCCCCCAACAGGGACGAGGUGAGUCUGUUCCCAGCAUGCACCAGUCUUUAAGUUACAGUGAGCAACUAUAAUUCUGUGUAGGCCAAAGUAAUAGUCAGAUGUUAGACUUUUUAUACUUAAAUGGUUUCCCCACCCCCCACCCCUGAGGAAAAAGAAUGCAAUUGGUGUCCACAGUUUGCAACAUUACCAUAACUUAAUCCAGGUGUAGCCAAAUGUUUUGGAGUAGGGGUACAUUCUGAGUCUUGAGUGUUCUGCGGGUGCCAGUCACAAAAUGGCUGCCCUGGGUUGUGUGACUUAACACAAAAUGAGAGAGACAGCCACCCCAACAACCUUAUGCUUAUCACAGGAAGUCAGUUGUGUCCUUCUGGUCCUUACAGUGGAGGUCACACACAGAUGUUAUUGCUAUCUAAUGACAACAGGGAGUAUUCCUCAGUACCAGAAAAAAUAUACAAGGCAGACAUGCCACUCACAUUCCACAGAAAUCACUUGGAAGGGUACCUUUACAUUUUGUCACAUGUCUUUUUAAUGGAAGCUCGGAGUCUGGGGGCACCAGGUUGGUGACAACGGACUGACUGAACCAUCUUCCUUGAAAAGAAUUGCGCUUUUAAGGUGAUCUGAGGAAAGCUCUGUCUUUGGUACUCAUAUCUAUCAUGGCGCAUUCACGCCCAUUAUCAUUGUAGCCUUGUGUGUGUAAACCAGGGGUUAAAGGUAAAGGGACCCCUGACCAUUAGGUCCAGUUGUGACCGAAUCUGGGGUUGUGGCGCUCAUCUCGCUUUACUGGCCGAGGGAGCCAGCAUACAGCUUCCGGGUCAUGUGGCCAGCAUGACUAAGCCGCUUCUGGCAAACCAGAGCAGCGCACGGAAACGCUGUUUACCUUCCUGCCGGAGUGCUACCUAUUUAUCUAAUUGCACUUAGACGUGCUUUCAAACUGCUAGGUGGGCAGGAGAAACCAGGGCUUAGAAUUGCCAAAAAGAGUUCUGUCCAUAAGAAAUGUGUGCGUUACUCUGUUCAGGGAAGUUUUUAGUGUGUGACAUACACUAAAUUUUUGGUCUUUGUGGAAGCCGCCCAGAGUGGCUGGGGAAACCCAACCAGAUGGGCGGGGUACAAAUAAUAAAUUAUUAUUAUUAUUCAUCUUUCAGAGGGGUAGCUAGUCGGUUGCAGCAAAAAAAGCAAAAGAGCCCUGAAAGAUUAGCAGCUCGGUUUCUCUGCUGAACAGUUUUAGUUUUUUAAUAAAUCGCCAAAGAAUUAUAAAUUCAUCAUUGAUUAAACUAACCUUAAUUGAAGCACCUAGUCUGUAAUUGAAUGGGUUACUGUGAGUUGCUAUGGGCCCCUGGCUUGGUAUAAAACUCUGAACUGGCUGCAUUUUUUAAUCUGUGGUUGUUGAUGUAUUUCAACUUUCAGGUGUUUGAUGACAGGGCAGCCAAUUUUGAAAACCAUGCUGCCAGGCUUGGAGCUACUGCAGAAAAGGCAGCUGCAGUUGGAACAGCCAACAAAAGUACUGUCGAAGGCAUACAAGCAACUGUGAAGUCCGCAAGAGAGCUCACCCCUCAGGUAUCUCUCCCUCUCACUGUCAGAAACUCCGGUUUUGAUCGGAGCUCAAAGUCGUUUGACAAUGACAGCAACCACUCUCAUUUACCCCAGUCUUUCUUCAUUUUCUUGGUAUAAUUUAUGCCACAGAAUGGGGUCAUUUUGCUGCUGUUAUUGUUAAACUAUUGGAAGUCAGAAAUCCUCACCGAUCUACUGCAGAACGCCCAAAGAUCUGCACACUUCUGGUUGAACGUUCCCCAGUUUGCUCAGUUUGCAGCCACCAAAAGCUUCACCUGGAUGAAAAAUUCAGUUGUUCAGUUUCUAUUCAGAGAGUUCAUCUCCAAAAAGCAUGUAGUGGGGUUGGAGACGCCAGUAUCUGAACCUGAAGUUACUGUAUUUUUCGCUCUAUAGGACGCACCGGACCAUAGGAUGCACUGGACCAUAGGAGGGGGAGAACAGGGGGGAAAAAAAUCUGCCCCUCUCUGCUCAGCGCCCCUUCAACGAAGUAGCAGGAGAAAUGGAGCCCCUUCCAUUUCUCCUCCCGCUUCUCUGAAGGGGCGCUGUGCAGUGCCUCUCCAGCGAAGCAAAGCCUGGAGAGCAAGAGGGAUCGGUGUGCACCGACCCCCCCCUCUCUCUCUCCAGGCUUCAGGCGGCUAUCCGCAAGCCUUCGGAGCGUGGCGGGAACUCCUGCUGUGCUCUGAAGGCUUGCGGAUAGCUGCCUGAAGCCCCCGGAGCGCAGUGGAAGUUCCCUGCGCUCCAGGGGCUUCAGGCGGCUUCAGCGAAAGCAACGCGAAGCCUCCGGAGCGCGGGGGGAGCUCUCCCUCUGCGCUUUGGAGGCUUCGCGUUGCUAUCGCUGAAGACAAGGAGCCUGCAUUCGCUCCAUAGGACGCAUACACAUUUCCCCUUAAUUUUUGGAGGGGAAAAAGUGUGUCCUAUAGAGGGAAAAAUACGGUAAAUAAAUUGAAUGAGAGGAGUCAAAGAAUAAAACAUGAGUAUUUAACUAUUAGGAUGAGAUGAUUCGCUGUGUGAGAGACAGCACACAAAUCAAGAGGUUGAGAGAGGGUAACUUCCUUAAAUUGUAGGCUAUUUUUAGGAGUCUGUAAAAAAAAUCAAAAUCUAUAAAAUCUCAUAAAAAUGUAUGCAUAGGUUGGCUUAACCUACAGAAACAGAGGCUCGCUUUGACUGCAGUCUUAAGGAUUUACUUUCUAAGUCCCAUUGAAAUUAAUGAACACUUUCAGGUGAACAUUGCAUUUAUUUUAUAGCUUCGUCCCACUUCUCGGCCAAAAAGACCUUUUAGAAGUUAAGCUACAAUCUAAAAAGCUGCAAGAGGAGGGAAUUUCAGUGGGAGCUGGAUCCAGGCAUAAUCCGGGUGGCUGGCGUUAACUUCAUUUCCUCUGAUGGCUUCCAUAAGAAUGGUUCAUAGCAUCGUUGGGAUCGUGCCUGCCCCUUUUGCGUUUUUCAGUAGCAGCUUAAAAUUUCCUCUGAGGCUCAGUUGAAAACUAGAGAGCACCAUAAUCUUCCACCGUAUUCUCCUAAGGAAAGAAGGACCGGACAGCUUUUUAUGGUGUAUGGCGAAUCUUUCACUGACCAGAUUGUCAUGUAAUAUGUUCUCUCUCUGGUCAGUCUUCACACUUGGGUCUCUGGAUAAGCAGAUCCUUUGGGCGUCUGUUUCCUACUUUGGGAGCAUGUACUUCGAGUAGGAAUAAAUCUGAAGGAUUUCCUGUAUAGAAAAAGUAAUUUUACAAGCUGUUGUGUAAUAGUCUACUUACAUUCACGUGAUGAAAGUAUUUUAACAAUUACUAUUUGCGCUAGAGACUUCCGUAAUUUCUUGGCUUUAUUUUGUUGUUGUUUUCUUCUAAAUAAAGGCGGUAAUUAAAUAAUAAUAAUUUUGUGCAGUCCCCAUGUCAUAAUUGGGAAUUCUGCUCUUUGGAAAUUCUCAGUACAGUCGUACCUCAGAAGUCGAACAGAAUCCGUUCCGGAAGUCCGUUCGACUUCCAAAACAUUCAGAAACCAAGGCGCAGCUUCCGGUUGGCUGCAGAAAGCUCCUGUAGCCAAUCGGAAGCCGCAUCAAAUGUUCGGGUUCCAAAGAACGUUCACAAACACUCACUUCUGGGUUUGGGGCAUUCGGGGAACAAAAUGUUGGACUCACAAGGCGUUCAUCAACCAAGGUACGACUGUACCUCAGAGUGUUCUGGAGUGGUAUAAAUCCAUCUUUCAGUUGGAGACUUCUUGUGAAACUCCCCAAACUGGGACUCAUUUCAGAUGAGAGAUGCUUAACUUUCAGAUUACCUACACUGCAAAAUAAAUCCCAGUGCACUUACUUUCUGUUCCUGUGCAUCAUUACUGCCAUCAUAUUUGGCUGUUUUUUGCAUUGGCAGGUAGUAUCUGCCGCUCGCAUCCUUCUAAGGAAUCCUGGAAAUCAAGCUGCUUAUGAGCACUUUGAGACCAUGAAGAACCAGUGGAUUGAUAAUGUGGAAAAAAUGACAGGUAAAAUGGAGGAGCUUGUGGCCAUGGUUUUGUAGACCCAAAUCACUGUUGACGAGCCUGAGAUAUAAUUGGAAGGAAACUAGAAAGGGAAGAGCAAUUCCUUCAUGCAGUUGACUUAAGCAUGUGACAGAAAAGGAAAAGUCACCCCCCCACACACCCAAAAAAAGUCACAGUGGACUCAAGGAAAACAUUGUGCCAUACUUUUGUUUGGAAUAUGUCUUGGCCUGAUCACUGGCAGCCUACAAACACAACUUUUGGAUAAAUUAUUGUCAUGCAACUCUAUUUCAAUCACUUGUUCAUUACGGCGAAAUUGUAUAUAGAUUUGGAUGUGUUUUGUGUUCACACACAGAUGCUGUUAAGGAAGAAAUAUGACAUCCAUUUUUACAUAUUGAAGUUCCAUCCAAGUUCCCUUGUCCCACUGAGUUCCCUUUCUGUAAAUCUAGCACAGGGUUUCUCAAACUUGGGUCUGCAGCUGUUUUUGGACUACUCCCAUAAUCCCUAGCUAGCAGGACCCAGUGGUUAGGGAUGAUGGGAAUUGUAGUCCAAAAACAGCAGGAGACCUAAGUUUGGGAAACAUUGAUCUGCGUGUUUUCCACUAUCCGCAGUACAAAAAUGUACUCAUCCCCAGUUGUGUAAAUGAAACCCAUUCCUGUUUGAGGAUUUGAUAGAAUUUGGAGGCCCUCUGGUGGCAAGAGCCAAGUGAGAAGGGUGAUAAGAGUUUAAAUGCUCAUAAUCAGGAUUGCACCAAAUCAGUACCCUGACAAAUUCACCUGGCCAAGGUAGCAGAACUCCAUCCUGUAUUUAAGGGUGACCUUCCCCUCCAGCGUCAUUUCCCCUUGCCGUGUACAUGAAGGGAGGUAAAUCUGUAAACUUCUUACCCUAGGGAUGGUGGACGAAGCAAUUGAUACCAAGUCUCUGUUGGAUGCUUCCGAGGAGGCCAUUAAGAAAGACCUGGACAAGUGCAAAGUUGCGAUGGCCAACAUUCAGCCGCAGAUGCUUGUCGCUGGGGCCACCAGCAUUGCCCGGCGAGCAAACCGGAUUUUGUUAGUGGCAAAGAAGGAGGUGGAAAACUCAGAGGAUCCCAAGUUUCGGGAAGCUGUGAAAGCUGCCUCGGAUGACCUGAGUAAAACUAUUUCGCCAAUGGUGAUGGAUGCGAAAGCUGUGGCAGGAAAUAUUUCUGAUCCCGGUAAGCAUUAGACAAAGAUGCUUUCUCCAACUCUUCAAAGCGCCUUGUUACUGAAUUUUCAAAACUUAAUACUAAGCGCUCUCUCUCUCUCUCUCUCUUGCCUUUCCUAGGUUUGCAGAAGAAUUUCCUUGAUUCCGGCUACAGGAUCCUGGGAGCUGUGGCCAAAGUCCGAGAGGCUUUCCAGCCCCAGGAACCCGACUUCCCCCCUCCGCCUCCUGAUCUUGAGCAACUUCACGUAAGUGCCGUGUUACGGAGAAUUGCUCUGGAAGGACAGAGGUAAUCUGCAACCAUUUGGUUGAGCCACUCUCAAUUAUUUAAAUGGCUGUGGUUUCCUUGUGUGGGUGGAAUCACUUAAUGCUGAAAUCUGAUUCCAGUCACACAGUGUUCUUAUAUAAUACACGCUGGCAUACACACAAGAUUGCGUCCCCAAGUUUUGUUUCUUUAGCAUCUUGCGAAGCCACAUUUGGGCUUGGGGCCCUUGAGAGCGGAGUACAAUGCCCUCUGUAUGAAGGUAAUCCAACCAAAAACCACAGAAGUGGCAAGAAAAGAACAGAUUCCUGGGUCCUUGUAUUUUGCUGAGAAAAGCAGCAGUUUAAAGCCAAGCGUGUGCCUUUCAGGCCAUCUGUGAUUAUGUAUAAACUUUGAACUUGGGGAACUGUUGUUGUGAACACAUCCAUUAAUAGGAAGAACUUAAAGGUGGGUAGGUGCUCAUUUUUGAGAUUUCAGAAAACACUGUCCGUGCCUUUGAAAGCUGUCUUGAAAACAUGGGCAUUUGAAUGCAGGAGUUGAAUAUAUAAUAUGAUAGCACAUUAGUAAAGUUAAAAGUAAAGGGACCCCUGACCGUUAGGUCCAGUCACGGAUGACUCUGGGGUUGCGGCUCUCAUCUCGCUUUACUGGCUGAGGGAGCCGGCGUACAGCUUCCGGGUCAUGUGGCCAGCAUGACUAAGCUGCUUCUGGCGAACCAGAGCAGUGCAUGGAAACGCCGUUUACCUUCCCGCCAGAGCGGUACCUAUUUAUCUACUUGCACUUUACAUGCUUUUGAACUGCUAGGUUGGCAGGAUCUGGGACCGAGCAACGGGAGCUCACCCCGUCACGGGGAUUUGAACUGCCGACCUUCUGAUCGGCAAGCCCUAGGCUCUGUGGUUUAACCCCAGCGCCAGACAACCUCAGUUACCUUCUCUAUAGAAGGACAUCUGAAGUGAGCUAUUGUCCCCCACCCUUUCUACAAUUUCCUGCUGGUUAGCAGAUCAGAAAACCAAGUGAGAGGGAAGAAGGACGCUUUUGCUAACAGUUGCUAACUUAAGAGAUCAUUUUGUAAAGUCUACCAUAAUGGAUUUUAAGAGGAUGUAGUUCAGGGCUGAGAGCCACAUUCAUGCUUGGCCCAACCCUCCAGGAAGUAUGUAAAUCAUAUUCUUGGGUAGGUGUCUUAAUUUUCAUUAUUCUCAGCUUGGCAAAAGAAUUGUGAAUUUGAGUUUGGAAUGUUUGCCCAAAGCACUGAAAAUUCCCCAUCCUGGGAAGGAUCAGAAACCAGGAAGACCAAAUUUUUAUUAAGGACUAGAAUAAUUUUAUAACAUACCUUAGAGACCACUGUAAACAGUUGAAAUCACUAGCGGGAAUACAAUAACACUUGUAAAGUAACACAAACUUUGGAUACUAUGGAUCUAUAAUAGAUAGAUUACAGUAAAAGAUGCAGGAACAAAUUUCUAGAAAUUGAACCCAUAGAGGUCAGAAGGUCUUUUUUUCUUUUUUGUAUGAAUUGUUAUGUUUGACAUGUAUAAUAAUCACUAUGUAAAACUAAUAAGUAUAAAAUAAAUAAAUAAAGGGACAACUCAGGUGCAAAAGCUGAAAAUAAAAUAAAAGAAGAUUCCCCAUUCUGUGGAUUGCUAUAGAUUUGGCCAUUUUGCAUUGGAUCUCUGCGUUGGGGUACUGCAACCCAUUUCCUUUCUUCCCUUAGCUUACAGAUGAACUUGCUCCUCCCAAGCCGCCGCUGCCAGAGGGCGAGGUUCCUCCCCCCAGGCCCCCUCCUCCUGAAGAGAAGGAUGAAGAGUUCCCAGAGGCGAAGGCUGGGGAGGUGCUCAACCAGCCCAUGAUGAUGGCUGCCAGGCAGCUCCACGAUGAAGCCAGAAAGUGGUCCAGCAAGGUAAGAACGGCCAAUGCAUCCCUGUGUUCUUGCUUAACUGCUGCUUCUCCAUUUAACCCAAAGAAAUUGCAGACCGGUGUGUUUCGUGGGUAUUGCAUUGAUGUCACUUGGGGAUACCCCAGUGUUGUAGGCAGAUCGGUUUGUAUAGAUCAGGGGUCAGCAAUGUGUGGCCCAUGGGCUGGAUGCGGCCCACGAAGACUGUUUUACCGGCCCAGGACACCGGAAAUUGUGUCUGCACAUGUCCAGAUGCCGAAAAUCGCUUCUGUGCAGGCGUGGUUUUCGGUGUCUGGGCAUGCACAGAAGCGAUUACCGGCGCCACAGACAUGCACAGACACGAUUUUCGGUGUCGCGCUGCGCCAGUCCGGCCCACAGACAAUCUCCAUGGGAGUGAUCCGGCCCAUGAUCGGUAAACCUUGCUGACCCCUGGUAUAGAUUUUCAGAGGUUGGGCUCUUUUUAGAGAACGAAUUGCUGAUUACAAAUCCUCACCCUUACGUUGACCGCUCUUAUCACUGCUGUGCAAAGACCUCGUUUAAAACCUUCCUCAGGUUGCCAGGAAAUUUUAUGCCCUGGGUGAGUUGGAAUUGGGGGUCAAAUCCAACAGAUGAGGGAGAAAACCAAUCCGUCUCACCCAAAUGAGGUGAGAAACUCCACAACGGUUUCCAGUGUGCUCUGGAAGAGCACUGAAAACAAACAAACAGAAGCUUGAUAAUGCUGCAGGAGUUAGGAAAGAGGCAAUCUAAAAUUGACUCUUCUGUCGCAUCCAGAGUUGCUUCUCCCCUUGAAGCUAUGAAAACCUUUAUCUUGUGCUGACUCUGUAGUGCGGGAAUGGGAAAACCUGUGGUCCUUCAAGAGAAGGUGAUGGACUCCAACUCCCAUCAUCCCUGUCCAUUGGCCAUGCUGCCUGGGACUGAUGGGAGUCGGGAGUCCAUCUGCGGGGCUGCACAUUUCCCCAUCCUUGCUGCAAUGCUUUGGAAAGGUGGUGUGUAAUCUCCAACAGUAUCCACAAUAUUUUUCGCACUCUCUCUCCUUUUCACAAGUCUACCCAGAAGUGGGCUUUUUCAGAAGCUGCCCCAAGCUUUGCGGGUCGAUCAAGGCUAUUUUUAAAGCUUUGCAAAUUAUUGAUAUAAACAUGGGACUUUUCACAUCCCACCAUUUCAUUAAAACCAUAGAAUCGUUCCCAAGACUCUUAUUGCGCACAGAUUUCAAAACCAUGCCUUGGCGUAUGUAGAACUUUAGCGUAGCGAGAAGGGCGAGGGAAACCUCACCGGACUUGAGCCUUGAGCUGAAAUGAGCCUUAAGAAUGUACGCCAGCAUUCGGGACCUUCUGCUUGAGUUGGGGAAUCAAGCGCAUAGCCUUUUGCCCUUUUUGUGCUCUGCAAGCUUUCUCCCCUGCCCCACCAGACUGUCGCAAGAAGUGGACCGCCCCAGAGGCCAGUGUAGAGGGGCUAAGCAGAAUACCCACGCUUACCUCUGAAUGGGGGCUGAAACGUGGGUGCCAAACAUCUUGCCAUGUUUGGCAGAUUCGUUUAAGAUUGCUGCAACAACGAUGCCAACCCUUGCAAAUGAGUUUUUUGGGGGUUGGUUUUUUUUGCAUCUCAUCACAAAACAAGUAUCAUUUUGACCUUGGCGGUUUUUAUUUUUGGAAGGGAUAACAGAGAAGCAAACAGUCCAAAAUGAAUUUUCCAAGCAAAGCAACACUGAAUAUACAUACAUACACACACACAAACAUUUUCUCGCUGAUUUUAGUAGCAUGCUUGAGAAAAACAAUAUUAUUUCAUUUAUAUUCCACCUUUUUACCCAAGGCGAUCAUGGAGUCGUACAUCAUUCUCCUCUUUCCUCAUUUAAUCCCCACAACCACUCUGUGAGGUAGGUUACACUGAGAAACCCAAAUUCACCCAGCGAGCUUCGUGGCUGAGUGUGGAAUUUGAACCCUAGAUCUUAAGUCUGACACUUUCCACUACAUCACACUUGCUUCAGUUUAAAAUGUAGUUUUAAAAUAUCAUUUAAAACCUGUCCUGGUAGACAUUGUAGUUGAGAUUUGGUGCCUUCUGAGCUUUUAACUUUAAGGUCACUGGGGUGUGUGGGGGAUCAAUAAAUAAACCCAGCUUUUGAGAGAAGCUGAUACCCAACUGCUGUAUCUUGGUAAUUCCAUUCAGGAGAACAUUAUCUGCAGUGCCCUGUCCCAAGGUGGCUGCAAUGUGGGUUUUUUUUCCCUGCACAUAAAUAUUAUUGUGGGUUUAUGGGUCUUCAAAAGUAGGUGGAGAAUAAAUGGCUACAGUCUGAGCCACUCUUCCAGCAGAAGAGAUUGUGUGUAGAAGCCAAUGGCUCUGAGGGGAGGCGCAAAAACCGAGCAGAUUGCUUUGGGCUGGCUGUGAAAAAUAGCUUCAGUUGUGUAUUACUUGUUUAUUCCGACUGUGCAGCAAAUUAACUUUCCCCCCUUUUCUCUUCAUGCUCUGCCAGUUUAAUUUUUCCUUCUUCCUGGACAAUAAAUUUCUUGCCUUGCCCUCUCUCCUGCUUCCCAGUGUUACUUGAACAUUUGCUAGGAUAUACACCCUAUUUUUGUUGGCUGUUGUGUUACUCGAACGUAGUGAGACAGAAGGGGGGGGGAUAUUUAUUAGUCCCAUGUCCUCUACGAAAGUGCACAGAGUCCCACAGAAUCCUUCACUCGGCAACAUGGAAAAAUAAAUUUGAAAUAGAGCCCCUAAGACGGAUUGUUAAUGCAAACCCCUUUAGUGGCAAGUGUGUGUGGUUUAAUUGCCUAAUGCUUUGAACCACUUUGGGUUAUGGACAGUAUGAAUGACCCUAGAAAUAAGGUGCAGUAGAACUUCCUCUUUGCCUCCUCUCCCUGCAAGUCCCCCUAAAUAUGUUCUGGGUUUCCCCCCAACCCUCUGGAGCAUAUUUUGGAGGCGGGAGAGGAGAGGGAGGGAAAGUUCCAUUCAACAGCCAGAAGAGUGGAAUUAUUUGGUUGGAUACCACCCAAUAUUUUUUAAACUGACACGUCCUUCAUAUUUAGUAAACACACGCACCUUAACUUUCAGGCACUCCCCCCACAGCUCGCUGUCCCCUGUCCCAUUUUGAGUUGUAGGAUCAGGACGGAGAAGGGAGGUGGUCACAUUGGGAUCAAUAAUUCCCCAGAAGGCAACAAGUUGCUUUUGUCCAUAAGUGCUUGCUAUCUCUUAAGCAGAUGUUUCAGGUUGCCCGACAGAAAGACUUCACCACUUGGUCCUCAUGAAAAGAAAUGGCCCUUACUCAACGCACUGCAUUUAACCACUGUGUUUGUCCAGAAAGCAAAAAGAGAUGAAAUCCCACACUUAAGCUGCAUCUAAAUUAUUUGAGAGCAUAUAAUUGCAUAAACUGAGUAAUUGGAGGGGGGGGGGGAGAGAAAGUUUUAAUACCGAAAGCCGCUAUUCUUGAAGAAGGAAGUGUGAACAUGCAAAAACACGGGGAGGGGGGGAGGGUUCGUGAAGGACGUGGGGGCUGGGGGGGGGGGGCAAACUGAAAUAAAAUGUGAUAAUUGUGUGUGGGUCUGGUUGCACUUGAAAAGGCAGUGUUUGCCCCUUUUGGUCUUCUCUUUCUGCAAUGGAUUGGUACCCUGAAGAUUGGCUGCGAUAAUAGCGAGCUGUUCUGUGUUUUUUUAGAGACAUCCUUCCCACAGGAUGUGAUUCAGGAUACUCUUGACAAACGAUUUGGAAAUCCUCUUUUGGAUUUUUGUAGAACAACAUUGUGGCAAAACAAUCUGGCACCAUCUCAUUAACCUUCUGCUAACAGAAACAUUUCCGACUGGCUUUGUUUGUGUGUUUUGCUAACAUCACUUUCUGUCUGCUAACAAUUAACAACUGAUCAUGUCCUCCUAAUGAGCAGCCUCUCCUGUUUCUUCCACAAUCCCUUGGCUUUCUGUCCUGACUUCCUUCCUGCAUUGUGUUUUGCUUUCGCAAUAACCUCCUUUUCCAUGGCCUGGACCAAGACGUGGUGGUGCCUGCAGAAUCCAUAUGGCAUCUUUGUCCCAAUUCCCUCACCCUCACCCCCACCCCCACAUUCCUGCCACAAAAUAAUGGACAGGGGGCACGAUUUGCUUGCAAAUUCUCCUGUGCAAACCUUGCUGAAAUGAAUAGGAGCUCUUUUCAACAAGGACACACACAAAAGCCCUCGAGCAACUUCCAUUCAUAUCCGUGAGGCUCCGUAGGGUCAGGUCUGCCACUUCCCCACCCUUAAUAGCACCCAAGACUUGCUAGGGGUGCCUGCCUCGAUUGUCUUGCGGCAAGGCCUCUCCCAUCUCUUUUGGGCACAGAAAGCAGCCCCUGGCAUCUCUGCUCCCUGGCGGUUUUUUCUCAGCACUCAAGCCUCAUCGUUGAAACUUUCCUCUUGCACCCCCUAAGUAAUCUUUAAGUGUUGCACUUGCUUUUGUUUCUCGUUUCCUUUCCUGUCUCCGUGGCGCCAUUGUCUUGCCAGAAAAGAAUGUUGUGGUGAAAUAGAAGACACUUUAGAGAGGACCUCGAGUGAAAAACGAUGAUGAUUCUUGGUGUGCUUUCUCUAAACUCUUGUUGUUUCUCUCCUUGAAGCCUUUGUAGAUUCUCAGGUCAAGUGUUUCCUUGGAAUUGCGUCCCUUCCUCCCUGCCCCUCCUUCCGUUGCCUUCCAGAAUAAAGGGAUUUACUAAAACCAGCUCAGUUCUUGCUCUUUGACCAGAUCCUGCUUCUUUAUACUAACUGUCCCUGUUUCUUCAUCCCCCCCUUCCGCAUCCCCCCCCCCGCCCAACCUGCGAAGCCUGAUGUGACUGAUGAGGUUAAGGAAGCCCCUGAGGCUGAUGUAGAUGUAGAUCAGGAGGAGGAGGAGGAGGAGGAGGAAGCAGAUGUUGAAUUCACUCUCCCCUCUGACAUUGAAGAUGAUUACGAGCCUGAGCUGCUGUUAAUGCCAACCAACCAGCCCGUUAACCAGCCCAUUCUGGCCGCUGCUCAGUCUCUGCACCGGGAAGCCACCAAGUGGUCUAGUAAGGUACUUCCUCCAUUUCCCCCUGGCGACUGACCCGCGUUGCAUCCAGCCAUUUUGGAACGUUGACACAUUUGCAUUCACUCUUGAUCCUUGCCGGGUCCCAUUUUCGUUUUCUUUCUUUCUUUUCCUUUUCUGAAUUGGAAUGAAAUUCGAGUUUGUCUGCACUUCAUUGUUGAGGAUUGAGAGUGGCUUCACAUGUUUCUGACAGGCCUGCUGGCGAUGAUGGCCGGGCUCAAAAAGCUUCAUUUGGCUCACAACUUCCUUCGUUUUACUCUCCUUCUUAAUCAAGGCUUCCUUUCCCUGUCGUUGCUCUCUGUCUUACCUGUCUCUUCACGGCAGUGGUUCUUUUUCGAAAGGGAAGAGAAAACAAACAAACCAAACAAACAUACGUACAAACCAGCUGACUACCUGUGAAGCCAUGGUUGACAGUCUCUCAGUGACUUCCAGAUUGUGAGGGAGUCGUCGUUGUCAUUCCCGAAGUCAUUUAACACGCAUCAUUGUGCUUUUCUGCCUCUUAUCAAUGGCUUCCACUAAAACGUUGGACAGACCAGGAAUGGCUUGGUAUGGCGGCGUUGCCCAGGAGUUGGACCUGCUGAUGUGCACUUGGCUGUAAUGUAAAAAGGCUGGCCCAUGGUGAGAGGACUUUGGUCAACAAGCUAUGCUGAAUGUGUUGGUUGCUAAGUUCAGACUUCGUUGGGUUUUCUAAAAAAAUACACAACCCAUGAUGUUGAUGGAGAUCCUCGGUCCGUGGCUCGGAGUGAUCUUAGUCCUGAGCUUGCUGGCACUAAUCGCAAACAAAUGUUUGGGGAGCUGUCGGGUCACUUUUUCGCUUUUGGGACUAGCAUGCUGCAAGGAGUUAAGUGUGUGGCUGUGCAGUUACUAAAAAUUAGGUAUGUAUGUGUGGAAACCCCCCCUUUUUUUAAAAAAAUUGAGUCUUUCUUUCAUUGUCUUUUCAGUCAGUAAUGGUGGUGAUCUUUUGGUGCCUGUGCGCAAAAUUCACGUGGUGUUUUUCCAUGUGUAGAUUAAUGUGGGGCACAAUUUAGCACACUCUUUCUCCUUUGCAAAUCUCCUUGAAAUGAAUGGAGAAGCCCCCUAUUCAUUUUAAGUGAGAUGUGCAUGAGAACAUGUCGCUGCAUUGUGCUUCGUGGGCUAGAUCUCUCUCUCCCUUAAAUGGUACCUAGAACCUGCCAUUGCCACCACUUGCCUCAUGGUGUGAAGGCCUCUCUCAUUUUACACUCUGCUUUGCCUUCUACUCUUCAGAAACCAGCCAAGAAAACGCAUGGCCUUCAUUGCUCAAGGGGGCUGGCAGUUCACCCUUAACCGUUACUCAUCACAGCAGCAAGCACAUGUUUAGCAUCCUGGCUCAUUGCUCCUGCGAUGGUGAUACGCAAUUUGUGUGGUGGAACAUGCAUGUUUGCACAUGCAUUUUUCUUUUGUACAAAUACACACACACACACACAGUAUUUUCAGUGCACUGGUUAAAAACAAAUGUGUGAAGAGACUCCUGAACAAGGAUAUGGCUCUUCAGACUUUUGCAACUCAGCAGCUUUUUGUAAUGUGUACAACAUGCUGGUUUUAUGCACUGCAUAAUGGAAAUAUGUCCGUAAGGACCACAAGUCCCCUUCCGCAACUAUCACCACACUGUGUGCCUUUUGUUGUUGCCGUUGUUACAAACACUUUUCUCCCGGUAGUCCUAAUGCCUAACAGCCGCUUUCCUGCAUGCAAAAGAUUACAGUCCAGGCACUUUUUCCUAUUUUCUCACUGUUGGUCAGUAUGUCAUGUUAACUAAGCACCCUUCACAAAAACACUGCACAGAUUUUUUUAUUUUUAAAUGAAUUGAUUACAUUGAUCUUGAAUACUUUUUCAGCUACAGUAUUUAAUAUGGAAAAAUGUUAUUUCAAACACCAGUUAUUUAUAUUGUCCCUCGAAAAAUAAAGAACUCCCUCUCAAAACAGUGGCUGUUAAAAAGUUGUGUUACAAGUUGAACUGAACGGUUGCGGUUCAGCCUCAAGUUUGCAAACUCCCCCACUUCUGCUCUGGUGUGGCCAUGAGUAGACAGGAGUGCAGAAACUUUUGAUACUACUUUUGAUUAACUGUAGCUUGUCAAUUUCAUUCACCCCCAACAAACUACAGUCAUACCUUGGUUUUCGAACAGCUUAGUUCUCAAACGUUUUGGCUCCUGAACACCGCCAACCCGAAAGUGACUGUUCCAGUUUGUGAACUAUUUUUGGAAGCUGAACGUCCGACGGGACUUCUGGUUGGCUGCAGGAGCUUCCUGCAGCCAAUCUGAAGCCGCGCUUUGGUUUCCGAACCGUUGGAAGUCGAACGGACUUCUGGAAUGGAUUCUGUUCAACUUCCAAGGUAAGACUGCAUUGCUAAGCCAGCUGCAUAACCUAUAGUUUAGCGUGAUGUCCAAGUGCAGCCUAAUGCCUCUCUUCUCCACUGAAGGAAGAUGAGAUUGUCCUAAGUGGAGGAAAGGUGGCAAUUCUUACAGCGAGGCUGUCAACUUGAUGAAUUAAGUGGUAGUUGGUUUUCACGACAGGAGAGUUUGCCAGUUGAUAAAUAAUAGCUUCAUAUGUUUGCAAAUGACUAAGUCCUGAAGAUUUUUCUCUUUUGAGGUUUCAGAUGAUGCGCACACACCUUGCCGCAGGCCUCAUCUUAGAAGCGCCGCUUCCUUUUACGCGGAAUAACUGGUGGUUUAUUAAAAAUAAUUUACAAUUUUUAAAAAAACCUGCUACCUUCUAAGCAUGCCUUUUUACAUAUACAGCUGAUCAAAAGGAUUAACUGACGCUCUGACUUCUCCCUCAGCUGUGUCCCCCUCAGAAAAGUUAGUUGUCAUCUGUGACUGUAGAGUGCCAAAUUGGGAUGCGCCAUGUCCAUUUGUAUGUUGAUAUUAAGAAUAUUCACCUUCAUAACACUGGAUGCUUUAAACUUAAGGCAAUCUUCUUGCACCCUUAUUAAAAGGAUAGAUGUUUAACUGGUAAAACUGUCUGAACUUAGCCGCUUUCACUUCAGCAGCAAACUAACACUGCGUGUCCACAACGUAUUUUUAUUUUUUUACGGGCCAAAGCUUGUUUUUCACUUUUUGGGGGAGAGAAAGUAUUUCACAACUGGCCUUUGGGGCAAAGCUCUUUUCCAGUGCUCUUUGUGGAGCGGCCUCUGCACCGCACAGGAUGUCUCUUCCUUGCCCUUCCAGAGCGAGGGCUUGCUUACAGGACGGGGGUGACGGCGCGGGCCGAUGUCUGGCUCCCAAGCUUUCAUGGCUACCCUUGCUCUUUUCCAGGGCAACGACAUCAUCGCCGCCGCCAAGCGAAUGGCCCUCCUCAUGGCCGAGAUGUCGCGCUUGGUCAGAGGCGGCAGUGGGAACAAGCGGGCUCUCAUCCAGUGUGCCAAGGAUAUCGCGAAAGCUUCCGACGAAGUGACCAGGCUGGCCAAGGAGGUCGCGAAGCAGUGCACUGACAAGCGCAUCAGGACAAACCUUUUGCAGGUGGGUCACCAGCCACUGCCUGAAGAAGGCAGGGAAGCGGUGACAGCUGGCAUUGGUAAGAGAGAUGGCAUGCGGUCAGUGGACUAAGGGGACUAGGCUAGUGGCAGGGACAUGGAUGGCACUGUGGUCUAAACCACUGAGCCUCUUGGGCUUGCUGAUCAGAACGUUGGCAGUUCGAAUCCACACAACGGGGUGAGCCCCCGUUUCUCUGUCCCAACUCCUGCCAACCUAGCAGUUUGAAAGCAUGCCAGUGCAAGUAGAUAAAUAGGUACCACUGUGGCGGGAAGGUAAAUGGCGUUUCCGUGCGCUCUGGCUUCCAUCACGGUGUUCCCUUGCACCAGAAGCGGUUUAGUCAUGCUGGCCACAUGACCCAGAAAGCUGUCUGUGGACAAACGCCAGCUCCCUUGGCCUGAAAGCGAGAUGAGCGCCCCAACCCUGUAGUCGCCUUUGACUGGACUUAACCGCCCAGGUGUCCUUUACCUUCCCCCCCUUACUAGGCUAGUCUCCUAAAUGUUCCCCUGACGUCUCCUUUCCAAAGCCCGGGAAGCUUCUGCCCAGUUCAGGGAGGGAAGUGUGAUACUCACCUGCACAUCAUUGCGACGUCACACAUGCAGUGUCCCGGUCGUCCUCGCAGGCUGUUGCCUCUGGCCCUAACUGUACCCCUAUUUCACCGCACGCCACUGAGAGAUGGGUUUGUUUUGGAGCAGGGGGGCUACUUGAGAGCCCAAACAGUGGGCUGGCUUGCUCAAAUUCGCCCUCCUUGUUCUUUUGGACCUGUGGCCUACUUUAAGAUUGCCAGGUCACAAUGCGGCAGUAACGGUAGGUGCCACAGAUGGCAGAACUAUCCAGCCAAGGUCUUUCAUCGUGGCAACAGCUUUGUUUUAGCCUGCUUGUUUCUCGACUGGUCUCAACAGCGCUCCUAUCUUCUCCUGCACGACAAUGUAAUCCUGGCCAGACAAGUUUAGGGUCUCAAAGACAUCAGACUGCGGACUAUCUAAUUCCCUGAGCAGCUGCGCUUUCUGUGGCCCUGUACCACCUCAGCCUGAGGCUUCGCUGCCACGAGCACAGCACAGUGCAGCUGAAUGCAAGGAACAGCCCCUUGUGCAGAGAGCCUUGCAGAGCAGGGUGGUAAGGUGCCAGCCUUCAAAUACCGUAUUUCAGCUCUAUAAGACGCACCAGACCAUAAGGCGCACCUAGUUUUUGGAGGAGGAAAACAAGCUUCUGGGAUAGCUGUGCAGCUUGCAUUCGCUCCAUAAGACACGCACACAUUUCCCCUUACUUUUUAGGAGGGAAAAAGUGAGUCUUAUAGAGCAAAAAAUACGGUAGAUAGCUGGUCCUCUGAAUCUCUAGGGCUGGCAAAGAAAGCAAUGAUAUUCUAUAGCCUUUUAAAUGUGUUUGUGGGAGUUGGGGGGAGGGAGAGCUAUUGUUUUGUUGUUUUUGUUUUAACUACUUAUUUGUAUUUUUAUCUUGUGAACCACCCUGAUAUAAGGAUGGUAUAUCAAUUAAUAAUAAUAAUAAUAAUAAUAAUAAUAAUAAUGCUGGAAAGUGACCCCAAACCUGCCCACAAGUCCUUAGAUGAUACCUUAGUGAUAGUUCCCUACCACUGAAGCAGCUUGCCGUGUUUCUUGAGAAAAACAUGGGUGGCUUGAAGAGGAGUGGGAAAUAACCAAGGAAAAUGAACAUUUAUGCUUGCCACUGCUUUUUUUUUGGGGGGGGGGAAACACACAAGAGAAGAGUGGUAUAAUUUUAUAUAGACAGUUUCUCAGCUGUGCAAUUCUGUUUCCAUGCAGGUUUGCGAGCGAAUCCCAACCAUCAGCACGCAACUCAAAAUCCUCUCCACUGUCAAAGCCACCAUGUUGGGCCGCACUAACAUCAGCGACGAGGAGUCUGAACAGGUAAUUCUCACGCCUGCCACAAGGGGGUGCGUGUGUUGCAAGCUUGGAAUUGUCCACUGCAUCAGGCUUUGCACGAUUGGUGAAACGAUGUCAGCUGCCAACAGGGCCUCCCUUGCUGUCCUUUUGCUCUUGUAAGUUUUCUUGCUAGAGUAACUGAAAGGUGUGGCUCAAGGUGUGCUUAUUUCUACGUGCAUCACACUUUGUAGAUUCGAAACAACAAGUGUGACUAUGACGAACUGACCCUCAAUAGAAAACUAGGAUGUGCUUUUUUGUCAGGUACACUCAGUGGCAAACUGUCCCUGUUUUUGCUGUGUUGAUGUCCUGCAACAAAAUAUAAUUUAUGAUUCUGUUGGGUGUAGUGAAGGGUUAACCUUCUAUGCCUCGGGACUGAGGGGACGGGCUUACAAGGGAAGUAAGCCAGGACGUGACGAAAGCAGCUUGGAUUGCUGUGUACUGAGUAGAUCCUAAGGUAGACCUGGGUUUCUUGCUUAAUAAUAAUAAUAAUAAUAAUAAUAAUUUUUAUUUAUACCCUGCCCUCCCCAGCCAAGGCCAGGCUCAGGGCGGCUAACAAGCAAUAAUAAAAACAAGUUGAAAGAAUACAACGUAAAAACAAGAUUAAAAUACAACAUUAAUAAAAUUUCCCACAGCCUGUUUAAAUAGUUAUUAACUAGCACCCUCUGGUGGAUACAAAUGAAUCGUUCUUUGGUUUGCCUGAACGCUGCCGUAAGCCACCAGAUUUUAUCAAUAUCCAACGCAGAUGUUGUUUUGCUGUUGGGGACAAUUAUCCCAAACCUUCCCAGUGACUGUCAGAUUUUGCUUCCCAUUAGGAAAAUGUGGCCACUAGCUUUGGAGGUUUUAAAAGGGGAUAAGACAAAUGCCCGAAGGACUGAUCCUCACGGCUGCUAGCUGUGUUAAGAUAAAGGGACUCCAUUUUCAUAGGCAAUGUACCUCUAAAUUCCUGGAGUGGGAUCCAGGCUGUCAACGGAGAUUGGGACUGUUUCUUCAUGCCUCACCUAUGGGCUUCUCUGCCUGGGUGCUGGAAGUUGGAGAAGAUGGGCCUUUCCCAGAUCCCCCAGGGCUGCUCUUACAGAUGCAUGUUCUUCUUCUUCUUCUUUUUUAAGUAAGGCAAGUGAAUGGGCAUCCAUCUCUCCUGGAUGCUUUUGCUGAGAUACCUGCAUUGCAGUGGGUUGGACUGGAUGACCCUCGGGGUCCCUUCCAACUCUACAAUUCUAUGAAAUACUUUUGCAAAGCUAGCUGCCGAGGGGUUAGAGCAGAAGCUGAAUGUACAUCCCAUGAACUUGUCUCUCAGCACUCUUUUUACUCUGUUGGAUGUGAAUGUCCCAAUCACUGCCAGCACAGCCGGAGAUCACUAUGUGCAGCUAAGAGCUGUAUUGGCACAUAUAGGGCAAAACAGUUGGAGCCUACAGCUGGCAUUUUCCAGAAUGGUCUAUGGCAAGGUAGCCGAUGUGGUCUCCCCCCCACCCCCCGAUGUUGCUGCACUCCAGCUCCUAUUAGGGAGCACAGGGAGGCUGAGUGGAAAAUUCCACUAAAAUAAAAACAUCUCUGUCAGAUGUUUGCAUACUUGGUGUCAUUUGGGCUGUGCGUGGUGCUUUAGAAUCAUGAUUUUCAGGUUGGACAUUGGAUUGAUACUGUUGAAGCACACAGCUUGUCUUCAGAUGUCCCCCCCCCCCCCCGAUGAAAAGCCAGGUUUUAAAUAUUAGCAUGAAGUUCUUGAGACCUUGUUAGAUGCCCACAUACUGGAAUGGGCUUGCUGCCAGUUCAGCCUUUUGUUGAUGCUCUUUAUUCUAAAAAUGAGCCAUGCCUCUCAGGUUUUCAUCUGAAAACGCUUGUGUUCUUUUUAUAUAUAUAUUUUUAAGUGCUUUCAAACAACUCUUUCUUCUGCAGGCCACGGAGAUGUUGGUUCACAAUGCCCAGAACCUUAUGCAGUCUGUCAAGGAAACAGUUCGGGAAGCUGAGGCCGCCUCCAUUAAAAUAAGAACAGAUGCUGGAUUCACUCUACGCUGGGUCAGGAAAACUCCUUGGUACCAGUAGAGCGCUGCCUUUCCCCUAAGCAUUUUUUUUUUAAUAGAAAACCCCCUUGUUGGAGCAAAGAGAAUUCUGUAAACAGCCAAAAGGUGCUUGAGCGAUUAAAACUAGCCCCCUCCCCUGGAACUCCCUCUCUUAAGGGCUUUCAUAAGUGUGCUGAGCUACCUUUGGUAUCUAACCUCACCACAAUUAGUUUUCACAACGACAAGCUUUUCUCUCUUUGCUUUUGAGGGUUUUUUAUAUCUCCCGUUUUCAUGAACUCUGUAACCUCAGUUUCCCCUCCCUGUUCUGCAGCAUAUAUUCCAGUGGUUUUCUACGAGAGGCAGUAUAUGCAGAUUUCACUUUAGCAUGGAUGAAAACUCUGGGAAGCUGGUUUGCUUAGCUGUUUAUUGUGAGGGACAAUCAGAAGACAGAACAGUCCAGCACUUCCGUUUUCUGCUCCCUUUCCUCUAACUUCUUUAAAACCAGUGUGUUGCUGAGUUUGUUUCAUUUCUUUCAAAAGUUUUCCCUUGCUGCAAGGGAAGAGGUGCUGUGUUCAAAAGCUGCUGCUGCUCGUCGUUCUGCCCAAUAGUGAUCUCAAAAGCCAUCAAAAUCUGGGAGUAGCUGCCAUUAGUCAGUUCAACACCUUAUUGGUGACGAAACUGACCACUAAUAACCAUUUGGAGCAUUUAAUUGAGAGGGAGCAGGGAGAGAUUACGCAGCAUCCCUUACUCUUUGGUCAGGAACAAAACAGCUGGGAGAGUUUUAAAUUAUAUUUCAGCCUGUUCCCACUGGCAUGAGGCUAUGUCUUGCUUGUCCUCCCUGUCCUUUUUUUUUUAUUGUACCCAUAGGACAAAAAUGUGUGUUUAUAUCAGGUUUCGUUUUGAUUAUCCUGCUUGCUUUAGCAGCGGAACAGUUCUUUCUCUGUUCUAGCCAAUCACCCUUGGGAUGUGUUGGAGAAGGUACGAAAGCAGAACGUCUCCUAUGAGGUAACACAAAUAAUGAUCACUUUGGGCUUUUACACAGUGAAACACUCCUCAAAUCCAGUGCUCAUCAGUUGAAUCGGCUGGCAAAUGGAAUGUUCUCUUUCAACCAUGGUAGGGAAACUGGGAUGCUUAGUGCUGAAGUAGUAUGCCUUUAUUUUUGUACUGUUCUACACACCGUUGUCUUCUGCAGUUGCACAGAGCAGAUAAUUUAUGGCCCCGUGCAUCAGAGAUACCUCUCGCAGAAGCGCCACUGACACUAAUGAAAGAGCACCUCUUGUCUUUUGCAGGGCGAUGUUCCUGCGCAAAUCACUAGUCCUACUUCUGAAUUGCUUGUGUAUUUGCAAAUAAGUUAUGUACUGAUGCUGUGGUGCCCCUGUGCUGUCACGCAACAGAAGUUCAUGCUCAGGAGACCUAUAGAAGUGCUAAGAGGCGGCGCUUGUUUACCUGCUAAAAGUUUCUUUAAACUUAACUUCUGUGCCCCCUCUUUCUGGUGCAAUUUAAAAGGGAUUUUUUAAAAAAACAACACAGAAAUGACCUUUUAAUGACUUCUUUACACCUGCCUAGAGCAAGGGAAUUUGCUUGCCCACCUUUUCCUGAAUACUUAGUGACUGCGCGGUACUCAAAAUUGUCACAUAGGUUUCUGACAAUAAGUAGCCACAACCAGAAGAUGAAAGGGAACACAUCACAGCCUUAGUCUGGAUGCCUUGUUGCCUUUGCUUGGUUUGCAUGAACUCAGCAGGAAGAGGAGACUUUGAAUGUCUUUUACCAACAUAUAGUCCAGCCUUUUCAUCACGAGCUUUUAAAAUCAUCACCAUUUAAUAGCUUGACUUUGUAUUAAUGCAAUAUUACUAAUGCCUUUAAUUACAUGACGGUUUAUACCAAAGACUGCUUUUUGUUAAGGAAUGUUUGAAGGAAAGCUCUGACUCAUAUUUGCCUUGGAUAUUUCUUCAGAAUGUUUUACUAAGUUCUAAAGUCUUUUAUAGAAGUUAAUAUCCUCCACACUUUAUGCAAUUUAUGCUUUCCUGAACAAUUGUUCAUCAGACCUAAGAUGAAGCAAACUUGAAUGUCAGUUAGGAGCAUUUUGCCACUAAAUACCUUUGUUUAUAAACCAGAAUUUUGUUGUAUAUGCUAAUAUUUUCAACCUUCUUUGUUCUGUUCAAACAAAAUAAAAUGCAUUUGUAUAAAAUGUC